GCCUAUGUUGAGCCUACAAUGGCUACCAUCUGAAUUAUGGAUAGAUGAGGAGAGUCAGCUACAAUGUUGUAACUAGUGUUAUGCAAAAUAGGUUUUAUAGUAAAAGAACUUUUGAAAAGGCUGUAGUUUAUUUCUUGAGCAUGCCCACAACACAUUAUCUGGCUUUCCUGGUUUUCCAGGAUGAAUGACUGUGCUGCUUGUGCAGUUAAGAUCAAGUUCAAAAGGAUUGUUCAGCACUCUUAGGGAACUCCCUUCUUGACUACAGUCUGAUUCACAAAUACAGAUGAAUAAUGUUCCUGGAAUGUUUCCCUAAGUACUUCCUGUCCUCCUUCAUAAAAACACAAUAAAUAUAGGGUGCUCCCAUGUUGUGUAUUUACCAAUUAUCAGGCAUACACCCUUGGGUGGAAUGAUAUAGGUUUUCAUGGGUGCAGUUUAGAACACCAAGGGCACAAUCCAGGCAUAUUAAACCAUUUCAAAUCCCAUUCAUCUCAACUCUCAAUAGGAGUGUUACUAGUUAGCGCUUUCAUUAUAAGUGCUUAAGUUCCGUUGAAUCCAUAUUGCUAGUUGCUUCUGUUCUCUACACCAAUAUUUCCCAAGUUGUGGUCCGUUAGCUCCAUUCAGAUGGUUCACAGCAUGUCUGUAGAUUUGUUGUUGAAUAUGGGAGAUAGCCCAUCCAUCACAUAACAUGGUUUUAAUUUGAAUUUUUGUUGCUUUUUUGUUUUUUUUUUUAUAUUGUAUUUUAUUGUAUUACACUUUGAAUUGUAAGAAAUAGAAGAAAUAAAAACAUAAUUAAAAAGCAUACAGCCUCCGGUGCAGUCUGCUACAAUUACUACAACAGGUAGAAAAAUCGUUAAGUUGGUCCUCCAAGACCCUAGGCAUAUUUCAGGUGGUCCAUGGAGGCAGGGGAGUUUGGAAAACACUGAAAACACAUGGGGGUGGUUUGGGGAGCAGAUUGAACAAAUGGAGGGGAAUGAAGGGGCAUAGGCAUGGGCAUGGGGCAAAAGUGAAAAUUAGUGCAAAAUGGGACUGCAGAGAGAGAAGCGGCUUCAUAAAUGGGGUUGGGAAGCUGAAAACUGAUCUUAGUAGUUGCACAGAGUGGGAAGGGGAAUCUCUAGAUUAAUAGCCCAUGCAGAGCUUGUCUGAAGCCUGGGGAAGGAGUCUUGUUCUUGCCAUGACAGCCGAAGUUCAGCAGGGCCCUGGUGCCCACCGCCUAUGGUCAGCUUAGCCCUCUGAGGCCCAGGGCAAGUGUACCCUGCUUCCCCCCACAGGCUUGGUAAAGGGGGGCAAGUGGAGCAAAUAGGGGUGCAGCUGCUGGUAUAAAAUAUGCACAGAUAAUUUAAGUGCAAAGGGCAGUAAUGUGUUUGUUAUGCUGAUGUUCCUAUGUGCCUUGUGAAACUCUGAAAUACUUCAGUGGCAGUUUAAUGUUAUGGCAUGUGAAGAUGGCGAGGAUGGGCAGCAUCCCUGGCAGCAUGAUGUCAUUGCUAUGGCAUUACAGCAGUGCUUCUAUGGCACUUUGCGGAGGUUGAUGUUGCCAUGGCAACUACAGAGUUGAAGCUGUGGCAGUAUGAGGGGGUGGUCACAGUAGGGAUGAGAGAAGUUACUAUUGUAGCAGCACACAAUGAUUUUUGUGGGAAUCUUGCAGCAUAUUGUUGUGAUGUAGUCUGAGAUACGCUGCAGUGGAAUUGUGGGGGACAAAAAUGGCAGGACAGAUAGAAACUGAAGAACAGCAGGAUACUACACUCUGCUUAAAUGGUAGAAAAAAGUAAAAGGCUUGGGAAAAGGGGGGAGGGAGUAUUUUCCUGACACUGAAAUAGCAGCAAUGGGGGCAACAGAUGAACUCCUCUGAGGAGUACGAUCCAAAUACUGGAAGCCACAACUGGAAAGGCUCUAUUUCAAGGUGUCACACAUUAAACUAAGAAAGCGGGACACCUGGAGAAAGGCCUCAGCUAAAGAUUUCAAUGAACGAAGGUAUUGAAAGUAUCCAGUAAGCAUCUGUGCGGGGUUUUAAAAAGAAGCAAAAACACUUGGAACUGAGUUUAGAAAGUAACUGAGAACCAGUGGAGAUAUUUCAUCAGAUAUAUGAUCCCUUAACUCCGCUUUUGUUAGCGGUAUAGCAGCUUUAAAUGUAAUCCUACUAAUAGUGAACCUUUAGUUUGUAAGCUUGAUGGCAGCGACUGUCUUUUAUAUCACUGACAUGCAAGCUUCUUCUGGCUAACAGGAAGAUAAAAAUAGUUAUAAAAAUAAUCAAAAAAUACAAUCAAGGGCCAAGAGAACUGAUGGCUGAGUCCCUUUCCCACCACCCUGGAACUGUUCAAGACCCAUCUGCCCUGAGAGAAGGCAGAAGAGGGGAGGAAGCCCAGGCCAGAGAGCUUGUGCCACCAGCUCCUAAAGAGGAACCAUUUGCACCAUUCGUCGGUUUUAGUGUUUCACAAGUGUAAGCCGCCUUGGCGAAAGAAAGAAAAAAGAAAAGGAACCAUGCAAAGAAUGUAAACAAAUGACUAAAUUAAGGAGCAUGCAUUGUGGCAGAAGUCGCAAUGCAUCUGUUCGGUCUCUUAUGGCACCGCAAAGAAGUUCGUGUGGGCGUUUGCCGCAAUAAGCCGUCCUCUGGAAUUUGUCGAGAUGGAAACAGAGGGCGAUGGAUGGGGACGUUUUCCCAGCGCACGUCGGGAGAGGCAAAGGGUCCUGGAUGCGGAGUUGCGCAAGGCAGCGCAAAGGAGGCUUUUUUUGCGAUCAGCAAAUAAUUUUUUUCCACGGGGGUAUUCCGUGUUCAUAACAUUAACUUGUGCCGGCGAUCCCUCAGGCGGAGCGGGAAGCCAAUAACGCUUCAGCACCAGAAGCCCGAGAUGAGCGGGGGCUGCUCGGGUGAACUGCCGGGCACUAAGUGGCGGGCAACCUUGGCCGCCGUUUGGCACAGGCGCGAGAGGGCGCCGAGAGCGGGAAGCCGCGCGCCAUUCCCGGGGGAGGGGGGCCUCCCCGCGAGGAGCGAAAACGCGCAGAGGCAGCGAAAUCCCUCAGAAGAAAAACAGACUCCGCUGUCUCCGCCCAGCUCUGACGACAGCGCUCUGACGAUAGCGACGCUCGCGCGCGCGCGCAGGGAAGGCUAGAGCCCGCGCUCGGCGCUACAGCAGGGAGACAUCCGGGUCCCACCCGUCCCAAACAGUCACUUACGCAACCGUUAAGAGGAGCAACAACAGGCCGGCAGGAAAGAGCGCGCGCGGGGCGGGGGAGCCUUGCUCCUCCUCCUCCUCUUCUCCUCCGCUCUUCCUCCCCCCUCGCUUCCCCGCCGCCUCACAAGUUACAGCCCUUUAAACAGGCGGGAGGAACGAGAGCGUUGAUCCCCCGUUCCGUCGCGUUUCUCUCUUCUGCCGACGCCGCCGGUUGGACGGCCGGGGCGGAGGGCGGGACCGCGAAGCCUCUCUCGGCUGCCCAUUGGGCGUCGUGCCCGCGUAGCUUUGUCCCGCGAUUGGUCGGGAGGCGGGCCGGGGCUUGGUGCGGGGGGAGAAGCCAUUGGCUGGAAAGUAGGUUAGUGGUGCGACGUUCAGUGGCAAGCCAGGCGGAAAGUAGGUCAGGUAUAGGGGGCUGCUCGCGCCGGGCGUCGCUUGUGUUGCCAUCCCGCGCGCCGUUGUGGGGGCAGCGCACUGUCACCCCCCCGCACCUCCCCCCCCCGCUCGCCGCCGCCGCCCUGCUGAAACGGUGAGGAACGGGACCGGGGGAGCGCUUCCCUUCCGCAGUCAGGCUGGGGAGGAGGGCAGAGAUGGAGGUGGCGAGGGAGGGGAGCGGGAGAGCGGAGCUGGUGGAGGAGAUUCCUGCUCGGUGACUUCAGUGCGGGGAAGCGGGGGAUCCCUGCCGGCGAAAUGCGGAGCCCCUCUCGACUCCUGUCAGGUGCGGGGAGAGGUGGCUCUCCUUCGGGCUGCGCUGCUGCCCUCUGCGUGGGUGGGUGGGAGUGCGCAGAAAGCGCGGGUCUGGGUGCAUGUGUGAAAUCUGUCUCACGCAUACCAGGGCGCUUAUGCCCGAGACUUUUCCAGGGGGGGCGGGUUGCCCAACAGAUUAAACGCAUCUACUCCUGUGGAUGAGGACUUGAGGUAGUUUUCCUCCUCGGGGCCUCCGGGUCGGUGCACUGGAGAGGGAGAAGGGGGCUCGCAUGCACAGGUGGGGAAAUUAUCCCCUUUCCCUGUGUUUCUUGGGCUUAUUUCUGGGAUAUUUGCUAAGGAGCGAUAAGGAAACGGGAUUAGAUUGUCUUCCUCUGGACCAGAGAACAGGGAGCGGAGUCUGUUUACCCAGGGCUGUCCUAUUAACAAAACAACAGAAAACCUAUAUACAUGCAGUGUUACUUGGGUGGUAUUCUGGACAGAGGUUUUUUCAAACAAAAAUUCAGUGGACAGGGUGGGAAUGGUACCGGCAUUGUAAAUCCACAGCCCACCCUCUUCUUAUUAUUUUAGAAACAAAGUUGUGGUCAACUGAGCAACUAGUAAGGCCUUAGUAACUGACCUUAAUUUUAAAAUAUAACUCAUGCAAACUUAGUAAGAGGCAAAACUUGGGAGACAAAAGAUGAAUGGGCCUUGUGUUUCUGGGAGGAUAAAGCUGACUUGCAGUGGGACUUACUCCCUGGUAAUUAUACAUAAGAUCACGAUCUUAUUUCCUUUGCCUGGGUUCUGGUUCUUUUAGUGGAGAUGUCAGAUGUAUUUCUUAAUACAGUUUUGUGGUUCAGAUUUAUGACCAAGGCAAAUAAUUAUGCGUUGGGUAAAAUGAUUUGUCCUGCUCAUAAAUCUGAACUAGAUACUAUGAUUGUUCAAUAAAGAUAGCAUUUGUGUCUUCUUUCUUGCUCUUAUUGAGUUUGUAUCCAUCAAGCAUACUACACGCUUAAAAAUCUUGUAUUUUGUAUCAUUUUAACCAAUACCAAAUCACUCUCUUGCUACAAUGUUGCUGCCCUUCUUAAUGCAUGGUGAUCUAUUUGUCAGGUGGCCCCUGAACAUAGGAGGAUUUACUCAAAGUCACUCUUAAGUAAAGUUUGAAUGGACCUUGGUGUAAAAUAGCAAAAUCUCUGAUGUGUUGUAAUUUUGUCAAGAAACAGUACCGAAAGAGGACAUUAAAAUGCUUGAAUGGGGAAAAGGCAAAUAGUUUUGUAAGUGCUUGAUGAGUUAACUUCGUAGUUAUUAAUGAAGUUUCCAAAGCUCACUAGUAGAGCAUUUGCUUGGCAUGCAGAAUCUCCAAGUAGGGCUGGGAAUGUCACCAGUAUGAAACCUUGGAAACCCACUCCCAGUCAGUAUAGAGGAUACUGAGCUGUAUUGACCAAUGGUCUGAUUCAGUAUAAGACAGCUUCCUAGAUCAGAGUGAUGUUUAAGAGCAUAAUCCACUCUUCAUCAGGGUGGAUAACUGGUGGCCUUCCAGAUGUUCCUUGACUAUAACUACUAUCAUCCUUGACCAUCAGCCGUGCUGGCUGAGACUGAUCAAAUUGUAGUCCACAGGUUCUCCACCUCUGUUCUACAUGUUAUUUGUAAGUCCUACUGUGUCCAGUGGAGCUUACUCAAAAGUAUAUUUAGGAUUGCAGCCUAUAUAUUCAUGCAUGAUAACCUGUUGUCUGAAAACCAUCUAGUGUAUGCACCACCAUGCAAUAGGAGUAUGUUGCAUUGUUCACAUUGUCUCUGCUGGGGGAUUCUGUGCCUAUUAAAUUGAGUCAGUAGUGGAUAUAUUGGCCAUUUGCGUAACCUUCAGUGGCUAUGUUAAUUUAGUUUCCCUGUUUUCCUGAGCAAAGUGAGCUCCUUGAUUCCAGACUUCGAUCAAAAUCAACAUUUGUGUUGUGCUGAUUGCUUAUUCCAGCAAUUAGAGCAAUCAGAAGAGAUAUGGAAGGUGCUUACAAGUUGUUCAGAUGAGGCAGAGGCAAAUUUAGGGCAAUACAACUGGUUCUGCUGCAUUGGGGGCAUUAUAGGAUGUCACUACUAUAAAAUAGUGAAUUGAGCAGAAUGGAAGGUGAAAGAGAGUGGUACCGAAUUUUGACCAUUCACAGGGCACUGCUGAAAUUUAAAAGACCAAAGUCCAUCCCUGGAUGAGGCAUAUUAUCAGUCCAUUUGUCCUUAGAUGAAAGAGAACUAGAGAGGCAAUGUAUGGACUAAGAAUCAAUUUCUUACAAGAUUAAAUGCACUUGUGAAAGCUUAUAUGUUCUGGAUAUAGUAUGAUGCAUGUGAAAGCCCACAGGGUAUAUGUAGUUCUGCUUGAUACAUUGAAAUUUGUUAAGGCUGCAAUUCUAACCAUACUUAAAUUGAGCCACACUGAGGUCCUAGGAAGUUCUUCAGUGGUAAUUACAUCUGAAUAAGUAUGGUUAGAAUGGUAGCUUCACCUGGGAUUAAGAGAUUUCUAAGCAUUUUAUAAAGUUCACUUUAGUGUUGUACUUGCAUUGGUCCCAAUGCAGUGCCAUUAAUAUGACAUCCUGAGUUCAUGUAAUAGAUGUGGGCUGGUGGAAUUCCCUUGCUGCUGUUCAGAAUAUUUAUAUUUGUAAACAAGGCUAGAUGACAGCUCUAGCUCUGGCUUUGCACCAUGGGAAGUCCACAUCAAGCAUGCACAUAAUACUGUAAUUGUAGUUCUAUGUGCACCUACUUGCUGCAUUGAACUUUGUGGGACUUUAAUUUAUGAGUAAAAAUGUGUAGGCUGUUGUAAAAAUCAAAUUUGAGUUAAUAUUUUUAAAAGGCAUGGUGGGAAAAGGGGGUAGGAGUUACUGCUUUAAGCAAAAGAAACAAACUAGUGCUGCAUCAGCCCUCUAGUGCUUUAGCAGCAUAGAAAGGAACACACAGCCACCAAGGGUCUGCAUUUCCAAAAAUAGCAUGGAUAUGGGUCAGGAGCCAUGGUCUUGUCACUUAAUGCCACAGGCACUACCCAGUGAGUGCUCACCAUGUUUUAACACCAUGUUUCAACAGUAGCAAUGAGUGUGCUUGCUUAGAGGAGGAUCACUUCCCCAGCAACAAAAAUAUUUUGAGUACUAAAAAAAUCAUAGAAAUAUUACCUUGAGCAUAGUUCCCAUGCAACAAAUUAGUCGCACAUACAUUUUGCUGUAAAUUGAUCACCUAAGAGAUUACUGAGUGCAUUGAAACCAACAGAAAUUACUUCCAAGAAAGUGUGUUCAGAACUAGGUUGUCAAUGAAAGAGGAUAAUUCUAGUACUUCAGAUAAACUGUUACUUGAUGUAGCUGUAAUGGUCUAAAAAUAAAUUGUUUUAUUUGGUUUGAGAACCUACCCAGUAGUAAACUCCAAAUUGAUAGCCAUAAAUGAUGCCCUUAAAUUAAACAGAGUAGAGAAGGUAAAAAUACUACAGUUAAAAAUGUUGCAUUUAUAAAGCUCUUCAUGCUUUCUGCAUGCUUAACCACAGUUUCUAGGUGACAACCCAAACAGAAAAUGCUACAGUCUUUUUUGAAAUAAUGGCUUUGGGAAGGCUAGAGUUCUGUAGUGUGGGGCACUCUAGAACUGGAGUAUAUCCUGUUACUGCCUUGCAUGGUAUUUUUUCAACUUUUGAGACCAUGUGGGAAGAGCCAGAUAUGUCAUAUUUAUUUGAACCAAGUACAGAAUUGGAAGCCUAAUGGUGUGUUUCACUAGGUAUCCGUAAAAUUGAUCUUGUGCCUUACAAGUUGUUGUUGAAUACACACACACACAGAGAGAGAGAGACAGAGUUGGUAUCCUCAUAGGGAGUUUAUUGAGCUUUCCAACCCGCUUCCUCCUCACUGAACUCCAUGUGCUCUACAACAGACCCAACCAUUGCCAUGAAUGUGAGGCCCUUUGGUGCUAGAGAGGAGCAGAUCUCUUGAUAACUUCAUGGGAAAUGUUAUUCAAGGCACCUCUCAAAUGUACAUAAGUAUAUUUCUGGUAUUAAAAGAGCUAGAAAGUUUUCAUGUGGGUAAGGGGCCAAAUCAAGAAAGUGAGGAAGAAACAGUCAGUGCUUUAGAAUAGUACUUAUCUUACUUCACAAUGCACUUUACCAACUCCCAGGGUAAACAAAUAACCAAUUGUGUCUUGUAAGUUAUAGAAAAGUGUUACAAGCCACAUUCAGUAAGUUUUCAUUUUGCCUUUUUGAUUUUGUUGGAAAGCAGAAAGCAAUAGAAUACACUUAUCUAGAUUUUUGGUAGUUCAUACUAACUUGAUAGAUAUUAAGCCCAUUGGCUAUAAAGGUAUGCUGUGGUAAUUCUAAUAAAUUCUUUGAAUAGAGAAUAUGGGCAAUGUUUAUUCUGUACUCAAAUUUUAAAGUUUGACCUUAUAUUUAUGUAACGAUACUUACAGGGUGUGAAAGGUACCUUCUACCUUUUUACAGGGUAUGUAUGUAGAUUGGAAACACUGCUUCUGCCAUGCUCCACUAACAACCACAAUGUCAUUGGCUAUUGUAAAGAUGCAACCUUUGUUCCCCUUACCAGAACUUCACUGGUAAGCCUAUCCUACUGCAUAAUAGUUUUACAAGGUACAUUUAAAGCAUCUUCCAGCCUAGGUCAGUGACUUGAUCCUUUUUCCUGCAAAAGGAUAGGAAAGUACCCUCCUACUGACAUACACGGAAAAAUCCAGCAAUUUCCUCCAUUUCCUUCCAUUGAUUUGUGUGGGUAUAUAUUUAAUGUGGUUAUAUUGCCACUGAUGUUUACCUUCUUUUUCUAUGCAGAAUGCCUGCAGCUCAUUUUUUCAUCAUCCCCACCACACACACAUUGUUAUGAGUUCCAGCAGUUUUCCCCACAGCUCCCUUAAGAUGUGAGUUGAUGCUGGCUUGUGUUUCAUCUCAUUCUCACCAAGUUGUGGGGGUGGGGGACCACCCCAGGUUGGCAACAUAUUAGCUUGGUGCACAUGAACUUGCAGAGAAGUUAUGGCAAAUGCUGUUUGGCUACCAAGUCAUUCUUCAAGGUUAAGAUACACUUUUGGGGUUACUUGGGAAGGUGUGCUGGUUAAACAAAAAGGCUUGCCUUGCUUGUGAAUUGACUUAAGUCAAUGUUCAGUAGAGCUGACUUAAUAAUUUUUCACCUCUUACUAAAUGUACACAGAACAACGGGAGAAUGUAUAGCACAGGACUGAGCACAUGUGUUGCAAGUGGAAAACCACAGAGACAAUUUCUGGCAUUUAUCUCUGGUUGUAGGGAUGGAAAAGACUUGUGCUUGAGACCUUAAAGACUUAUCAGCUAGUCAGCAUAGACACAUGGACUUGGAUUGGUAAAGGUUUGGUAUAAGGCAGCCUCAUUUAUUCAGUGAGAGAAUCUCUGUAUGGUCCCUAUUGCAUUUUUCUAACCUGUUUUCCAUUUUCUCCAACUACUAAUGUAGCAUACACUUGGCAAUAAAAAAUAUUCAAUAUAUGUAUUCUUCUCUUUGGAACUUUGUUAUACUUAAUCAGUUUAUAAUGGAAAACCCUUUGAUAUCUAGUAAUUGAGUCUCAAUAACGUGAUACCUAGGAUCCCUAAAAGCAGAGCAAAAAUGUUUGUGACCUUUUCUGUAAACCUGAAGGAGAACGUCAUCCCCUUUGCGCUGCUUUGGGCAACGAGUAAUACCUAAAAUGAGCUUUGAACUCCUUUAACACUGUCAGACUCUUGGCUGUCUUCCAGCAGUGAAGCAACUAACAUGAAGAGCAGUAAAACUUGUUGAUAAAUUAUCCCUCCUUCCUGCUUUGUUCUUAUAAAUAAGCCAGUGUGUAAUUCUGAGUUAAUUGUGUCCGGAAAGAUCAUUUUAGGGGAAAAAGGAGACACUUCCAGGUCAUCUUUUCUCACCUAUGACGGCAAUGAGUAUUAGUUGGCACCCACGAACUUGGUAACCUUUUCAUCCUCCUGCUAUUUGAGAAGUUUGAUAUUAAGAGACUCAACAGCCAAGAGAUGUUUCCAAGUCAGCUGCAGGAGCUGGAACAGCUUGUGAUGUUGGUGUGAUGCCACACUGUAGUGUGUUGGGUUAAUUUCUAGUAGGAAUGGUGCCAGUGGGCUACUCCUACAGCAAAUAAUAUUGCCUGUGAAUGGCAUAUCCUAGUCGAAAGAUCUUGUAACUCCAUUCACAACUCACUGAAGCUUAUUCACACUCUAGUAUACACAUUAACAGCCUGAACCUGUGUGCAAAUACUGAAAAGAAAAUCCUAUUGAUUUCAGUGAUACCCUCAGGUAAUUUUGCAGUCUUACUUGAAGGGUGAGGAUUAUUGAUAGCAUUGGAACUUGCUUUCUAAUCAGUGCUUAGGUUACCAAUCUUAGGUUCCAGUCCUGGGUACUUCUAAUAUAUUGAUGUGAUUGAUUGAUUUAAAAGCAUUUCUAGACUGCAUCAUAUUUUAAAAGUUCCCUAAGUGGUGUAUGAAAACAGUAUAAAAACAAAAAACAAAAAACAAAAAACCCAAUAUAAUAAAACAGAAUCAGGUAAACACAGGAAUUUAAUAGCACAAUCCAACCUUGUAUAUAAAUGAAAGCCUGGGCAAAAAGAUACGCCUUCACAAAACAUCUGAAGCAACUAAUAUAUGGCAGGGGGAAGAGCAACUUCACAUAUGGCAGGGGGAAGAACAUUCCAUAGUUCAAGGGCGACAGCAGAAAAUGCCCAUUUUCUGGUCACUGCCCUGUGAUAGUCUGUAGGGUAUAAUUUCCCUAGGUGAUAUAAGUGAUUACAGGUCUGUAUAGGGCAGCCGGUCAGGUUACUUGGUCCCAAGCUGUUUAGAGCUUUAUAUGUUAGUAGCAAUAUCUUAGAACAUGGCUGGUAGCUGUUCUAUCCCUCAGCGCAACUUUAAUAUUUAUGUGUCCAGAUGCUCCACUCAGCAACCUGGCUGCAGCUUUUAAACUGGUCUUGAAGGAAGCCCCACAUAGAGCACAAUUAUUUUUCCUUUUAAUAUUUGCUGGUAAGCCUAUAUUGCUUACCAUUUAAACAUGGAUUCUUACAAAAGCCCACUAAACCUGCAGCCCUGCUUGUAUUCUUAGGGCAAGAUCCAACACUGCACUAGCAGACCUUCCCCUUCCUCUUCUUCCCCCAUGCCUUCAAUGUGCUCCAAAGGUUUUGAAAACUCCAGAAGCAAAUUUUAGGGACAUCCAUGGUGGGGGAAGGAGAAGAAGGGCCAGUCCCAUCUGCACAAGUGAAGAUCCAUAAUACAAGUGGGCAGCCAAUAUUUCAUAUCACCCUAAUUAUUCUCUCCACUCUAUAAACCCAAGUUUGACUUGGGUAUAGCUGCUUCUGCAUUUUGGCAAACACAAUCAUAUUGUGCCCUCUGUCUGUAGCAAACUUUUAUUUUCCUUUUUGUACCCAUGAAAAAUAAGGUUGAGACAAUGGGCUGGAACUGAUACAGCACUGAAUACGUAUGGGUUAUGUGCUGCCUUCUGAUCCUCUGGGGAAGGAUUGCAAGUUGAUCUCUGUCAGAAUCCCUGAGAAAUUGUUACCCAUAAGUUAUCAAGUACUUCACAAUCUGAAGACCCAGUUUGGCAUCAAGUAAUGGACUGGUUGCAGGCUGAGUUACAAACUGACUUGAGAUAUCAGAAGGCAGCCUUCCCAGCCUGUUGGCCUACAGCUUCCAUUGUCCCUGAGCAUUGGCCAUGCUGGCUGGGGAUGGUGGCAGUUGUAGUCCAAAACAUCUGAGGGUUGUCCUAAAACAACAUUCCAAACACUGCUUCCUCCUGGGAAUUAAAUCAGUUUACUCCCAUUGAUUUGAGCGGGACUAAUCUAGAUGUUGCUUGGAUUUGUAUCCAGUUGGGUUUACUGCAUAGGAAGCCUGUUUAGGAUUGAAGCCUACAUUUAUACAGCUAGGAGAAUUAAACUUUUUAGAGUUUUUUGUUUGUUUUGCACAGAACGCGCAUCUGUAAUAUUUUUUAUUUUGCUUGUCACAUAAUUGAUUUGGUGACAUUUGUUCCACAUAAGCAGUACUGUCAGUUCCCAUAUGUUCUUGGCAUAGUGCAUUUUAAAUUGGUUCAUGUAAGCACUCAUGUUUCAGUAAGUGAAGGGUAGUUAAUAACUUCAUAAGGGCGGGGGUAGACUUUAGUUUCAAAAAGAAAAUCUGGAAGCUACAUUUAACCUCAUUCUCUGCUGCAGCCUGUCAAUCUGAUUUCUGAAUUGUCUAGUGCAUCUUUGCCUUAGUUAAUUUGCUUAGUGGAGAGGUUGGGAUCUAGGAUGGCAGCUCCAGUCCUUCUCCUCCCCCUCCCCCCCCAUUUCCCUCUCUUUCUCUUUUUCUGUCUCCCCAUGUGGAGAGCCCUACGGGCAUCUGAUGGCUCAUUGAUGAAGAAGUUUUAGAUUAGAUGGCUUGAUCCCAUAAGACAGUGCCUGUAUUUUUAGGCAGUACCAAUGGAUCUGUGCAGGUUUCAUUUUGCAAAUCAUAGAAACCCAGGCCAAGUUGCAACAUUAACAUAUACUGUAUGCAGCCCCUGAUGUUUGAAACUCCUCUGGAAAGCGGUAGAGCACAGGCUUUGCACAGUACAAUUCCUGGGAUCUCCAGGAUAAGGGAGCAAGUGAGGCGAAGGGGAAGUCCUCUGCCUUUGGAGAUCUUUGGAGAUCCAAUCAGAGCAGAUCAUAUUGGAUUAGGUGAUGCAACAGUCUGAUUUGGUAUAGGGCAGUAUUUUCCAUUAUAAUUACCUAUUUGGGUAACGGGUGUAUAAAAUUGAUAGCUUAAUUUAAAAAACAAACAAACCCACACACUGUAAUUCGAGGUAGGGUCAUCUAGAUAGCAAGCUUGAAAAUUUGUUUUUGGUAUUGCCUGAAGUUGAAGGGUGUUUUUUGUUUUGUUUUUUAAUCAUUGCAAUGGCAUGAAUAAUAUCCACUGCCAAGUGGUGACUUGCCACAGUAGGUUUAGAAGUGUCCCGACAGCAACUGCUCACAUUAUGAGACUUUUACUCACAUUUCUGCGUAGGAUCUAGAAUCCAGGGAACCGUUGAAAAUUCUUCUUAUGGUGUAGACAGCUACUACAAUAGGUGGUUGCCCAUGUAAUUGUGUGUGCCUGCACAAGGGUGGGAAACCUCAGACUCUCUGUCUAGCCUUUAGGACUCUCCCCAUGCUACACCCCAUCUCCAGCAUUGUUUUCAUCCUCCUGGAGUGUUCGUGCCUGGCUGGAAUGUGUACUUGGAACAUUAUAAAGACUGUUGCUUGCCUGGGUAGGGGUAUAAAGAGGUAUGUGUAGAAACCAGUGUAUUUUACACAGGUCAAAUGUCUAUUACUUACUCCACCCACUCUUACCUUUGUCACUGUCCACCACUGGCAUGCAACCCUGGAAGAUUGCCCAGAAGGGAAUGCAGCCUUUGGUCCUAAAAGGUUCCCACCCCAGCAGUAAAUCUAGCAUUUGUUAAACUCUUAUCUGCUUUUGCCCAGUGUCUCUUUUCUGGCAUAGGCCUCAUGUCAUUCUAAGGCUGCAAUCUUAAGCAUGCAUUAUACCUGAUGCAUGGUUGUAAUCCUAAGCAUACUUGCCUGGAAUUAAGCCCUGUUGGAAUCAGUGGUUUCUGUUCCUAGUAGACAUAGUAAAUAUAGUCCUAUAAAGUUACAUACUUGAUCCCUUGGGGGACAUUCUAUUAAUUGAACAAUGGUGGACAGGCUUAGUUCAAGGAUUUAUGUUCUUUAUUCCAGUGAUUUCUCUAAAUAAUGUUGUGCAUAAAGCACAUGUUUUAGGAUAAGUGACUGUGGCAGGUCACCAAUUCAGAUUCUUCAGGAAAUACAGUUUGUUUUGGUAACUGACAAGUAAUGUGAAAUGCUGAACACAGAAAUAUGUAUGUAUGUCUAUCCUGUUAUUAUGUGUGGUGUAAAAAAGAUAUAUGUGAGAGUCAAUGUUGCCUUUGCCAACUUGGUGCCCCAUGUGAUGUUUUGAACUACAGCUCCCAUCAGACCUAUUUAGUAGAGCCAAGCAGGCUGGUGCUGGCAGGACGUAUAGUUCAAGACAUCUGGAAGGCACAAGGUUGGUGAAGGAUGGCUGGCCAGAUGUAUAGUAAUGGUUUAUGUUUAAAACUAAGAUUUCAGAAUAUCUUCCCCUAGAUGAAUAGGAAGCUCUAUUUGAUGUUCACAAGGUCCAUAAUUUAUAACUAUAGAUUAGAACGAGACCUUUUCCAAGGAUUUUGGCUUAUGGUGUUGUUUACAUACGCAGGAAAAGUCAAAGUGCAAUCCUUAGCACCUAUACUAGUGAGUAAGACUAAAUGAAAAUUUCCUCUGAUUAUACAUGCCUGGAUCACACUGUAUGCAUCCCUUUAAAAUGUACCAAAAGCAUCAUGGUGGUCCUGCCUUUGCAGGGAUUGUUAUGCAGCUUGAAAUACUGUAUAUAUAAAGCUUGAGGUACAUCUUUUGCUCACAGUGUACCUCUGUGAAUAACCCUUACCAAAAUGCAUAAAUGAUAUGGGAAGGCAUUACACAAGCUAAUGUCAAACCAUGGGCCAGGAGGUUGCUUUGGUUGAACACCUAACUGUAGAACUCGAACAACUUCCCCUGGUUUGGAUGCAAUGCAUAUUAAGGGAAAGUGGGAGUAAAAGCUUUCAAAAUCCUCCCCCCUUCAAUGAGUCUGGGAGGAGGCUAGUUUUGUUCAUGUCUCACUGAACCAUGGUUCAGUGUAACAACUCAAUGUGAUUUUUUUAAAAUAACUUUUUUAUUCAAAAUUAAAACAAAACAUAUUAUCCAGAAACAUAUCAUCCUUAUUCCCCCCCCCCCAUUUUUGUAUAGUAAAUUGGGACCUUUGCAAAAAACAAUUUUCUAGUAAAUUCUCUAAUUCUCUAAUAAAUAUUGUAAAUCAGAACACAGAUGUUUACGUUCUCUAAAUUUGUUUUGUUGCCCCAUUAAAUCUGGGUCUUUUAAUAUGAUACAGUUGACACAAGUAUUUUCACAAUUACAUGAAGUGUAUGUGGUUCAUAUGAUUGUGUCCCUGUGUGAUGAAAUGGACGAUUUUGAGGGCAGGCGAGGCUGGAAACAAACAUAGAAAAUAGUUGCCAAUGGCUAAUGCCAAUGGCUAAUGGAACUUUGUAUAGGCAUGCAGGCAAAUAAAAAAUGUAAUGAGCUGUUUAGUAAGAUCAUUGCCUCCUAAGAACAUUUGGUGAAGUCUUUCUGCGUGUCCCAUCACCUGCUGAGGUACAAUUGGCAGGGAUGUGCAAGAAUCUCUUAUGUCAUGCCAUCAAGAAUGUGGAACUCCUUGCCUUGGGAGGUUUGUUUGGCUUUUAUGAGCUUUUGAUUUGGUAGCCUAAGGUAGAGGCAGUGCAGGUGCUAGUAUUGCUCUUGAAGUACUGAAACAGAUUGUUGCUAGCCACAAAGCUCAGAGCUGCACUAAAAAUCAGAAUGGAUGUCUAGAACUGUAAAUUGUCUGAUACUGUAGCUGCUUAAAGAUUUGCUUGUACUACUUGCAACAAUGUAUGAGGUUGUGAUUUGUGGCCAGUUGGAAAAAAAGAGCACUUACUCCUUUUUGAAGCUUUAUUGUGUUUAUAAUUCCUUGACUGUGUUUCUUAACCAUCCCCUUGGACUUGUUCCUAUCUUUCCAAACCUAUAGGUAGGUCAGGUUUAACAUGGCCAGAAUGCAAGGCAAUAACUCAGCUGCUAUGGAAAGAUGUCAGAGCUUUGAGUGAAGUUCAGUAGACUAUGAAAAUGUGUAUUCAACCUCAAUGUGUAUGUAAUUGCAGGCCUUUCAUUCAUUAACAUUUCCUAUUGUUUAUUUGGGGGGGGGAAAUACUUUAUUAUUUUGGUGAGCCAUGAGCCAAGUUAUAGCUACCUACUGAGAGAAGUCAUUUCAACAUGCCGUAUUUCAGAAUUUUAUAAUGUCUUUUUGGUGGACUCAGACAUGCUUCAUUCUGGGAGGGGCAGUCUUAGCAUCCUUAAAAAAAAAAAACAUUACAUGUUGGCAGGCAUUGGGAAGGAAUCAUAUGCACCACCCUCCAGUGAUAAGGGUACAUUCACCAACUUGUAAGCCAGCUCGAUCCUACUCACCUAGCAGCCCACCAUGGAUGGACAAAUCCAUGUCCAAGCUUGAUUGAUUAAUUGAGAAGUCUAUGAGAGGGUCAUAUAUGGUUGUAUAAUGAAUCAACUACAUAUCUACCUGGACAAAAUAUGGUGAAACAUCCUUAAUAAUGGUCUUCAACUUAAUAUAGAUGCUGACAGACACUAACUUGUGGUGCCAACUUGGGGUCCAUCCCAUUCCAAGGCAUCAAAAAAGGUGUUGUCCCUUUGCCCACUCACUUAAAGCAAAAACAUUCAUUGAAACAGCCUCCUCUCUCCUUUGAACAAGCUACCAUAUGUUUAAAAGUGGGAGAGAAGAUGCUUCAAAAGGCACCUUUGCAAAGGGCUUUAAAACAGCCUUGUCUCCUGUUUGUGCUUCUGGAGGUUCAAAUGGGAGUGGGGGAACUUUAUGAAAGCCUUUACAAGUCUCACUGUGCUCCCCUUUUAAUUUUAAUGGGAUUUGUAUUAUGGACCAUUGGCAGACUUUUUGCUUCCUAAUUUCUGAUUACAUUACGGUUUCUGAGUUUUGACGUUAUUUCAUGUGCUUUAUUAGGAUAAAUUCUGUGGAUUGGUGUUGCCUAAUUCUUAGGUGUGGGGUGUGAGUUCUGGCCAUUUUCUGGUUUAAGAUAUUUGGGAAGGCAGAUUUUUUGGGUCUGUUGUUCUAAGCAGCAUUUGCUGCUAAUGCCUGCUGGCUUAUAAAAAAGGAAAUAUAAAUACAGAUAUGAAAAAUAAAUAAAUAGAAUCAGAUUAAUUGUAUAUUGAAAUUGCUUUACUUACAGGGGUUAUGGAUUUCAUUGAACUAUACAACUGAUAGUCCUGUGUGCAGGAAUAUUUUACAUUAGUGGCAAUAAAGUUUAGGUUAAAAAGGGGCUCUCAUUCUAAAGGUUGGGAAUUACUGCUCUGUUUUCUUCUGUCUCUUCUGCCUCCUCUUCCCACCAACCUCUUCCUUUUCUCACUUCCUCUUCCUAGCCUUUUCAUUUGCCCAAGCACUCACUUCCCUCAAUCUUUCCCCCUUCAUUUUUACUGUUUGUUUGAAAAACCCUUUAAGCAUUCAUUUCAGAGAAGUGUUUUUGAAAACAGGUUUGCAUAUGAGGCUGUAAUGAAAUGGCUAUUAGUCAUGAUGCCUUAAUGCAUGGGUAGGCAAACUAAGGCCCGGGGGCCAGAUGUGGCCCAAUUGCCUUCUCAUUCCGGCCCGCGGAUGGUCUGGGAAUCAGCGUGUUUUUACAUGAGUAGAAUGUGCCCUUUUAUUUAAAAUGCAUCUCUGGGUUAUUUGUGGGGCACAGGAAUAUGUUCAACCCCCUCAAUAUAGUCCAGCCCCCCACAAGGUCUGAGGGACAGUGGACUGGCCCCCUGCUGAAAAAGUUUGCUGACCCCUGCCUUAAUGGAACAUCCAUGGUCGGAGACUUUUUGCAGCUGAAUGCUGAUUUCUAGGGAGUGACAUUCCUGCUUGUAGGCUCUUGGAGGCAUGUGUUUCUCCCCUUUGGGAAAAAGAGUGCCAGUCUAGAUGUACCUUUGUUUUCAUCCUGCAGGGCUACUCUUACAUUUUUCAUAAUUUUCCAUUCACAAAACACAUGCAAAGUUGUUUGUUGGGAAGUCUGCAUUGUAUACUUUUGUCAUUUUGGGAUGCAUAAUGAAAGCAGGCACAACUUUCAUCGUCGUAUUUCUUUUGCUAAAAGAAGUGCAGUGCAGACAUUGUUGGUAAUUGAAAAAGAAUGCCUUCGUGGUGUGGUGCACUUGUGAUUCAGCAAGUGAGGAGUGAUGUCUCGUUGGAAAGAAACAAGCAUUGUUUUAUGGUGACAGUAAUUUUUCCUGUAGGCAGUGUUGGAGUUGGCAGCGCUUGCGUGUUGAGGUCUCACCUCCCAGAUGGGUGCCUCAGCAGACUUUUAAAGUUGACCUACUUUUUUUUUUGCUCUGACCUUGAUUUGCUCAUUGAGGUGUUUAUGUGCUCAUGAUCUGAUUUGCUGCGUGAUUAAAUCAAUCAUGUGACGAUGGGCAGAAGCCCUGAAUCCAAACGCAGGCAGAGGCUGUGACUUGAUCCCUGAUUUCUAUUCAGUAUCUCUCUGAGAAAAUGUUUUAAGAUAAAAUAACAGAGGGAGAGUUGCAUUAGCGGCAGAAUGCGAUCCAUCGAGAGCAUGCCUUGGUUCUCUUCUACCAGGACUCUAAUCAGGAAGUGGCCUAGAUGGCAUUCUUUCAAAUAAAUCCUUGAAGUAUCUUGGCAACAGGCUUGGGGUCACAAUAUGAAGAACUUGGCUGUGUUUGGGACUGUGGGUGUUCAGAGUAUGUUACAGCAGGGCAGUGUUGCCUUGUUUGCGGGCUGUUUUGUGCAGUGCCUUGAGAAACAAGAGGACAGGUCUGUUGUCAGUGUUCUCUCUCAUUACAUUGUAAUAAAAUGAGUAGCUGCCGCCUGGCAGUUAACAAGUAUUAUACCAGAGGUUACUAAUGACAGAGUAUUUUUUUUAAAAAGUAACCUCAGUGUAGUAGAUUUUAUAAUGGUUAUUGUUUUUAGCACACGGCUAGUGUGAGGGAAGCAGUGCAGAGGGGUUGUUAAAGAAAGCAGAGUUAGAAGACAUCCCAGAUAUGCAUUGAAAAAUAUAGUGGCUUUCAAUACAUGUCCCACUGGCUUUGUUGGAAAUUUGUUAUUGUUGUUGUUAAAUUGAUAAAUAAGCCACUCAUCUGACCCAUUAAUAAUCCCACCCCCAGCAAAUUAAUAAACCAUAGUAAACCAUCACACAUUAAAAAAUUCCCUAUACAAGGCUGCCUUCAGAUGUCUUCCAAAAGUCAGAUCGUUGUUUAUUUCCUUGACAUCUGACGGGAGGGUGUUCCACAGGGUGGACGUGACCACCGAGCAGAUUCUCUGCCUGGUUCUCAGUAACCUCACUUCUCACAAUGAGGUAACUGCCAGAAGGUCUUUGGAGCUGGAUCUCAGUGUCUGGGCUGAACGAUGGGGGUAGAGAUGCUUCUUCAGGUAUACAGGGCUGUGACCACUUAGGGCUUUAAAGGCCAGCACCAACACUUCGAAUUGUGCUUAGAAAUGUACUGGGAGCCAAUGUAGAUCUUUCUGGACCCGUGUUAUAUGGUCCCAGAGCCUGCUCCCAGUCACCAGUCUGGCAGCUGCAUUCUGGAUUAGUUGUAAUGUCUGAGGCACCGUCAAAGGUAGCCCCGCAUAGAGCAUGUUGCAGUAAUGAUAAUAAUAAUAUAAUAAUAAUAAAUUAUUUGUAUCCAGCCCUCCCUGGCCGGAGCCGGGCUCAGGGUGGCUAACAUCAUAAAACUAAUACAAUAUACAAAGAACAUAAAAACAGACAAUCAAUUAAUUAAAAUUAAAAUAGUAGUCCAAGUGGGAGAUAACUGUAGCAUAUCUGCUUAAUAUUUUACAUGAUUCUAGUACCUUAGUUAUGUUAGGUUUCCUAGCCUUUCAUCUUGAUAGUGUAAACAUCUCCCUGUUCCUUAUACCAAGAGUACAGCCAUAAGCCCCACUGAAUUCAAUAGGACUUACUUCCAAGUAGAUAUGGUCAGGAUUGCCCUGUAAAAUCAUUAGGGCUGCCAUGUUAAUUUAAUCCAGAGGUGGCUAACCUAAGAGGUUAUUUUGUACCAGCUGUCAAGACUCCUAAUCACCUGGCAGUCAUUUUAUUUUAGUUCAUUUUAAAACUAAAUGAAGUGAAAGUCCCCUCAACUUUGGAGAGACCACCAACUCUUCAAAAAUUAUAGGCACCUCUACCUUGCCUUGCCUUGCAGAGACAACUCUUCUUGCUCAGGUGCAACAUAAUUUCAGAAAGGUCUUAGGGCUCAGGAAGGAGCGCUCCAGAUGAUGGGCCACAGACUGUAGGUUUAUGAAUUUUUCUAUACUACAGUUGGCUACAACAAGAGAAAUCUUUUUCACAUCCAAAUUAUAGAAGUCCUUGCCCUGUGAAGCUCAUUUGGGCCUUUUCCACUUUCCACUGGUUGGUAAAUGCUUUUUUCUUCCAGCAAACUUUUGCCUUAAUUAGUAGAUGUCAUUUUACCUUUUUAUUCUUGUUUUUUACCUCUUUAUUCUUGUCUGUUCUGUCUUAAACUGUUUGGUUCUAAUAUUUUAUUACGAAGGGGCUAUUUUAAUGGUUUUUAACCACCCUGAAUUAUGAGUAAAUAUUAAAAGGGUGGGGAUAUACAUUCUUGUGCAAAUAAGCAUACAAUGUGUUCUUCUUGGCUGCAUAUCAGUCUUACUCUAUAAUAUGAAAAUCUAACAAUUAAAAAAGUUUUAGAAAUUAUGUAAGGCAACAUACAAAAAGCAAUGCUAACACUGAGAGCAGGAGGAUAAGUAGUAAAAUUACAUUUUAAUUAGAAGUUAUUGAAAAAAUUGUGUUUUGUGAACAUGUAAAUAUUGAACCACAGGUGGUUUGCAUAGUACGCUUCUUUGGGUUGGAUACAGAGUAAAGUGCACAGAGAUGGGCUGAAGGAAUUAAGCUUCCCAACUCCAUCUUUCCUGGAGGUCAGGAAAUGUUGUUGAAUGGGAUGAGGGGCUGAGGGAAAAGGAGGUUCCCAAAAUGGGGCUGAGAAGCCAUCUGUAAGCAGGGUUUCCAUUCAUGGAAAGUGCCUCAAUCUAAUGUUUGGCUACGUGUGUGCCCCCCCCACCCCAUUUCCAGGGGCUUCAUUUCAGUAUUGAAAUGUUCCAGUAUGUUGAAAUUAUGUUCCAGUCCACACAGGAGAGCUUCUAUACAUACAUAGGUUAGGUUAGGGGCCUGGCAGUUGCCCAGUCACCUAUCUAUAAGAGUCUCCGCCAAGGAAGUAACCAGGCUGAGAAACUUUUGUAAGUUGGGAAAGGGUUGGUACUUGUUCAGGCUGUUGAAAGUGCCUGGCACAGGCAUGCUGAGACUUGUGAGUUAGUAAAAAGUUUUGCCAAUAUAGUUGCAAGGUUGCAUGAGUGAGUUCCUCAUUCACAGUAGCUCUGCAUGGCCUUCAUUUGUGUGCAUGGAGCUGUUCCAUUUGUUGAAAUUAAUGGGGGUGGGGAGUUUGUGUAUCUGAGCACACAUCCUUGUACAUAAUUUCAGACUGGGCCAUACAAUCAGACGCCAGCCUGAAGGUACAUUUAAUUUUGUUUGACUUCGCCUUGAACUAUGAAUAGUCAUCAUCCAGUGCCAUGACGCAUGGAUGUGAGGGGUGGGUUUUGUUUAUGGUCUCUUGGUUUAACUGAUUAUUUCAUUCAUCUUUAUUUGGUGUAAAGAGAAAUAGCAUUUGGGGCUGCAUAAUGACAGACAUGGUUAUGUGUCUGUAUUCCUGACUACUAUGUAUGUUUGUAUCUGUUUAAAAUACAGUGGUACCUCGGGUUACAUACGCUUCAGGUUACAGACGCUUCAGGUUACAUACGCUUCAGGUUACAGACUCCGCUAACCCAGAAAUAGUACCUCAGGUUAAGAACUUUGCUUCAGGAUGAGAACAGAAAUCGUGCUCUGGCGGCGUGGCGGCAGCAGGAGGCCCCAUUAGCUAAAGUGGUGCUUCAGGUUAAGAACAGUUUCAGGUUAAGAACGGACCUCCAGAACAGAUUAAGUACUUAACCUGAGGUACCACUGUAUAUGCUUUUCUGUUGAAACAAUAUAUAAGCAGAAACAGAACUAUGAUAAACAUAAUAUCAGGCAGCAAGCAAAACCAAUAAAUGAGCAAAGUUUAUAAAGCUUAAAACAGAAUCCAUAAAACUCACUUAAAGUUCAUCUAUUGCAACAGCAAUACUUACUAAACAGAAAGCUCUCUCAAAUCUUUAAAAAACACUUAAACCACUAUUGCACUCCAGAUGUUCUGGGCUACAGCUCCCAUCAGUUCUAGCCAUCAUGACUAGUGGUUGGGGGUGAUGAGUGUUGUGGUUCAAAACGUUUGGAGGGCAGCAGGUUGGGGGAGGUGGGCAAAGUCUUGAAGAACAGAAUGGGCUGGAUUGUGGUCAAAUGAUAUGUAUUCCCCUCACCUAUUGUGAGAAGAGCAUUCCAGGCAGACAUCACAUACAAACAAAAAAACCUUUUUCCGAGUUGCACCCAUACAAUCUUGGUAUAGGUAUUUGCCAAAGGGGUAUUUGCAGGAGGGGUCAUUUGGGGUGCGUUCCUAUGGGACAAAAGGGCCUCAAGCCAUUUAGGGAUUAAAAGGUUAAACUCAACACCUGAAAUUAGUGCAGUGCAGAUUUUUUUUAGAUGCUGUUAAUUGUCCAGAACGGCCAUUUCCUCCCCUGCUGUGAACCAACUGAAAUUUCUGAGCUGUCUUUGCCAGCCUCAUGUACUGUGUAAUGCAUUACAGUAUUACAGCCUGGGAGUUACGACACCUCUGAUAAAUCUGAUGUUUCUAUAUCGGCCUAGAAAGUGCCAGACCUGGUACAUCUUAUGGAUGGUCUUUUGACCACCCACAGUAUCAGCUUGACGUAAAUGCUCUUCCAAACUACAAACUUGCUUCUUCAUGGGGAAUACAACCCCAUCCAAAGUUGACAGAAUGUCACCACUGAAGGCCAACUAUGCACACCUCUCUCUUGUCUGGACUGAGCUUCAGUACGUUAGCCUUCAUGCAGGGCAUUACUGAGUCGAGGCAUCGAUUCACCACUGCCACCCUCUCACCUGAUUCUGAUAUAAAGAAGUGGAAUGUUUCCUAGCAGAUUAAGGUGUGGACCCUUUGAACUGAACAAUGUUAAUUAGUUGUCACCUUGAACAUUUUUUUAAAAGCAUCGGAAGAAUAUAUCUGGUGAUGUAAUAAAGGAAAUUGACAGUGUGAUAUUUGUUUCCUACAACCCAGGCAUUUGGAAGCUGCUGAGAAACAAGGCUGGAGGAAAUGAAAGGAGGGUUAAGGUGACUGGCUGCUUUUGCACUGGCAGCAGGAGUGCACAUCCUUCCAGAGUGGAUCUAAGAUUCCAGAAAUCAAGUCUACAGGUAGGAACAGCCAUCAGGGUUUUGGUGCUUUUGGCUUGCGUUUCUAUAUACUCUUACGGUAUUUCACAAAGAUGGAAAUAAGAGUGGACUGCUUUGUUUGCUGAAUUCUUAAGAACUCUAAAAAUGCUUAUUACGCAAAACCAUAAUUGAAAACUAAUUAUAUUGCCCCACCUCUUUCCCCUUUUAAGUUACUUGAACCUUUUGCUGCUCUUUUUCCAUGGAGAAAUUUGUUUGUUUUCUACUGUUCUCUUUUCCCAACUCUUUUAUCAUUUGCCUGUAUUUUACAGAUGUCUUGCCGUCCUCUCAAGUAAAGUCCCAUCACUUUUUAUCCUUUUUUAAAUGUAUCAAUUCUAGGCUUCAUAUAAUAUUUCAAGAACUUGAUAUCCAUGGUGUGUUUUAGGAAUAUGAGCACAUGAUGCAACGUCAGCUGCUAUACAUUCAGAAGUGACCAGGAAAUUACAUGACAAUUAGUUUUUCAGAGCAAUCUUGUUGGCUACAGCUUUAGUUUAACAAAGAGUACUGUAGCACUUUGAAGACUAAAAAAAGCAUAGCAAAACUGUUACCAGAGUCAUCUUUCUCUUUACUCAAAUUGAAAUUGUAAGCUUCAGCCAUGGUCCCAGUGGCAAGAGUGUUAGACGUGGACCUGGACAUAACCGCUCUGUUCAGCAGUAGACUACUUAGGUGAUCUUGGCAUGAUGACUUUAAAAACAGACUGUAAAAAAUCUCAAAGGAUUAUGGUGAUUAGUCUUCAGGGAACAUCCAGGUUCAGAACCCCAUGUACUUUUGACUGCCACCUCAUGGGAACAAACAAAAUGUCUGUCUCCAUCUUACCUCUCUUGCGAGCUUUUCAGGAGCACUGGGAUAGACAUUAUUUCUGAUACUGAAUGGCAUUUCUUAUCUAUUUCUUCCAGUAGAAUAGGGGAAAAGAUUUCUUAUUAUACUUAAUAGAAUUGUUGUGGGCUGAGGUAAGAAAUUAUUGUAAUGAAGUUAACUCUUAGGGAUAGCAGGGGCUAUAUGAACCCAUUAACUCUUCUUGUGGUGUAGCCAUUCGGUAAACCAAUUUCCUGUGCUUCUUUUCUUCUUCUUUUUGUGGUAAUUCUAGACAAUCCAAUGGCUGACCAAAGGAUGGACAUUUCUUCUACAAUCAGUGAUUUUAUGUCACCAGGCCCCACUGACCUAAUCUCUAGUUCUCUUAACUCUUCAGGAAUGGAUUGUAAUAGGAAAAGGAAAGGCAGUUCUACUGAUUAUCAGUAAGUGCAUUUCCUAUUAGUAUAACCUUUCAGCUGUGCCUGUUGUUCAAAUUCCAUUUUUAUUUGGAGUCUAUUUUCCUUCCAAAAAUAGUGGAAAUAGAUGAGGUGUUUUUCAACUUGUAAAAAUUUCAUACAGUGAUAUAUUAAUUCAUGGGAAACCACAAAUACACUCUUUUGAAGAGAAUUGAGUUUUGGGUGACAAUGGACUUUCAUUUACAUAAAUGAAGACUGCUUUGUAAAUGUGGCACAAUGAGUUCUUAUCCUAAAUAUUUGCAUUUAUAGGGGUAUUAUUUGUUGUAUUAUUUAAUAAACAAGUCUUUACUUGUAAGUUGAAUUAAAGCUGAAAAUAUGAUUCAAUUCUUUGCUCAUUAUUCUAGUUCUGCUUUCAGAAAAAGUUCAGAGAUGUUUUGUCAAGCCCCAAGCGCAUUUUGUUCACACAUUACUUUCUUUAGGUGUCCACCUGAAACAAAAUAUUAUGAAAUAAAUAAAAUAUUUCAACUUUUUAAAAAGUCUUAACUUAUUGUUGUUAAAUUGUACUGAUAAUUUUAUUGGGGGUUUUUUGUACACACUUUGAGGUCCCCCCCCCCAUCAAGCAGUAUAUAAAUUUUGUGAAAGAAAUAUAAAUAAAUAAAAGUCGUGUGUGAAUAGAACAGACCUAUACCUAUGUUUGCAAAUGCAAGUAUCCUACUGCAACAUUAGACAGGAGGUUCAGAUUUUUAAUAAAAAUCUUCUCAGGGUACACAAUUGCAAUGAUCAAAUAGUAGAAAUUAAGAUUCACUGAAAACUGAAUGUGUGGAUAGAAAACGCUUUUCAUCAUUUAGUAUAAAUUGAACAAUAUUUUUCUCUCUUUUCAGACUCGAUGGCUUUUCUUUUGAGUAAGUACAAACAUCAUAUGGGGAAAGGGGGGCCUUGUUACAGUGCUCACUGUGUAAAAGAAUUGCAAGAGAAAAAAUAUGAUUGUUUUCAAGCACAGUCUAUAUUAACUGUUGUUUAUCUGGCUAGUCACUAGUAAGCAAAGUUCAUGAUUCUGAUAAAAUGCCUUUUUAAAGAAAAAAGCUCUUGGGAAGAUAUGUGUGUGUGUGUGUACACAUACACACACACACACACACACACACAGAGAGUACUUGGAUUCCUGUUGUAUGAUUAGCAUUGCACCCUCUACACUCUGUCCUCAAAUGUAGAAAGGGCUAGCUGAGGGGGAAAUGGCUCGUCAUUUUCAGUGGCAGGCCAGUCCUGUGCAGGCAUUUCUCAUCAGAUGAUAGAAAUCUUGUGGAGAAGAGACAGUGGGCCUGUAGGUAUCUUACGCCAAAUGCACAUAGGCCACCCCCAUGAGAGCAUAUAGGGUUCCAGAUCAUGGUGGUAGCCUAUACAUAUUCUGUAGAUGCUCCUACAGCUCAUGUACAGUGUUGAGAAGGGGACAUUGUGAAGCAUGAUGGGGAAACGGGGCAUAUGGCCCCUUGUCACUUGCUGCACUAUAUCAGUUGUGUGGAGAGAAAUGCCUGAACCAGGCUCAUGUGUUUAACUAGAUAGUCCUUAAAGUAUCCACCUUCUAAAGUUAGCUGCUGUUUCUUUUAAAUUAGGUGGAUAUAUCAAUGCAUUACAAAGGAUGGCCAAGUUCCAAGGAUACAUUUAAAUGUGGGGUGGAGGUGAAUGUCUGCUCAUGGCCAUUCAACAGCCCGUUUUUUAUCUUGGUUAUUUUCAGGAAAUAUAGAUAUAAUGAAUGUUGCUGCAGCACGCCAUCUGUUUUUACUUGUGUAAAUGCUUAUGUUUUAGCAAGGUGUGGGAGUGAGGAUCAUUGAAGCAAAUUCUGCUGCAUUUUUACCCUGUUGAUUUUUCUUUUGUUCUGGUUUUGUAGCGAAGGUAUGGACACAGAUAAAGAUGAUCAACAUGGAAGGUAUUUAUUUGUGCAUCAUUGCUGAAUUGAUUGUGCAUCUUGAAAAAUAAGUGUAUUCAAAGUAAAGCUCGGAUAAUUCUAGAGAGUGAGAUAAGGAGAUGUGGAGUGUAAUUGAGGUCUGUGAGAAUCUGGAGAGUAUACAAGGACUGGGGUAAUCCUACUGGAAGAUCAAGUCUUAAUAUAACACCUAGAUGAAAUAGAAAUCCUCACCUUGGUGAGAAAAUGCGUAGUUGUGAUCCUUCUGAAAUGGAAGUGGCUGUGAUCCAAAGCAUUGUGCAGUUAGUUCUACAUAUUCAAGUGGGCUUUGGGUAUAGAUUUAUUUGAAAAGCAUCUUUCUUCCUCACCUUGUCUCAUGGCAAAGAUUAUACUGCUGUCUCGACUUGAUUUGUAUCACUUUUGUUCUCUGCUAGGUUGGAAUAUACAGACCAGCAAGGCAGAAUAAAAAAUGCAAGGUAAAACAAAGAGUCUUUGUUUCAACUCUGUGAACAGUGAGUGAGCUUAUGAUGUGAUCCAUAAAGGCCUUUUGGAUGUGCUCCUAUAAUGGAUUUUUAUUUCUUUAAUAGAAAAUUAUGCUCCUACACUCAUGAGAGAUGAGUGUAUUAGGUUAUAUGAAAAAGCCAUUUCAUUUUUUGAUCCAGAGAUUACAACAUUUCUGUCUUCUGCCAGUGCAUCCCAUAUAGUUCCCACUAACAAGGAUAAUUUUCAAACCCUGCAGUUUGUGCUUCCUUAGUGUUUCCAGUUUAUAGAUUGUGGAUGAAGUUAAAGAUUUAGCUAAUUAUGAAGUAUUUUAAAUAUAUCAUGUGACAGAGAGAUUUAUACAAGUAAUAAAUGUGCCACUUAUAAUAGAUGUGAAUUAAACACAUAAUCUUACAAUAAUGUUAGCUACGGCAAAUCAUAGAAUCACUUCAGAGUUUGAGACCACGACCUUAUGUUGUGUUCAGAUUCCAAAAAUGUUAAAGAAUAUGGUAAUUGAGUUAGGAGUGCAGGCUCAGAUUCAUCCCAUACUUUUCAAGAUCAGCAUCACUAAGAUUCAGUAGAGUGAUGUACCUUUCUUACAGGAUAUGAAACACUCUUAUGCAAAAAGGACAUUUAAUUAACUAUGAAGUACAUAUCUUCAGAAUAUAUGUAAAUUAUAAAUACAUAUUCAUGCAUGGUAUUUAUUGGCAUGGCAAAGUUAUAUUAGAACACUUACAUUUUUAACUUUACAUAUUUUCGAAUAUUUGAUGAGUAGACUCAUCAAAAUAUUUUGCAAUACGCACCUGACCUAUAUGAUCAUUUAAGGUUUUUGAGUUUGGUGGGUCCCUAGAAUCUGUGGGUGCUUGUGCAUCACACACGCUGCAACACCUAUAUGAUCAUCACUGAGCAUUACCCAUUCAGCAUCUUUCUGGUGAAGCCUCACCUUCAUGCUGUGUGGAAGUCCAAUUUAGAAUUUGAUUGCCAGACAAAUUGAGUGUUCUUGCAGUUGCAUGAUCUUGUGUGUGAAAUGGCUUGAAAGCUCCUCUGAAAUGGUCUGUCUGUUUUCCUGCAGGCAGGCAUACCCGAGGCUCAGGGUUGUUGUCUAAACUAAGAUAAUUCAUUUCAGAUAAUUGCAGUGUUUCUUGACUUCUUUUUUUCCCUUUACAUGACCAAGACUAUAUCCUCAUUUUACCCACGCGGGUGGCGCUAUGGGUAAAACCUCAGUGCCUAGGACUUGCCGAUCGCAUGGUCGGCGGUUCGAAUCCCCGCGGUGGGGUGAGCUCCCGUUGUUCGGUCCCGGCUCCUGCCCACCUAGCAGUUCGAAAGCACCCCUAAGUGCAAGUAGAUAAAUAGGGACCGCUUUAUAGCGGGAAGGUAAACGGCGUUUCCGUGUGCUGCGCUGGUGCUGGCUUGCCAGAGCAGCAUCAUCACGCUAGCCACGUGACCCGGAAGUGUCUGCGGACAGCGCUGGCUCCCGGCCUCUUAAGAGAGAUGAGCGCACAACCCUAGAGUCAGACACGACUGGCCCAUACGGGCAGGGGUACCUUUACCCUUUACCUUUAUAUCCUCAUUUAUAGUUGGUUUCCCUCAAUUUACUCAUCAGCUUUCAUCCUCCUGUUUACUUUGUUUCAUUUCUUCAUUAUGUAGCCAGUGUAAAGUAAAUAAAGGUUUAUCUCCUGAUAACUGAUAAUGUAAGCAAUCCUGUCUCUUUUUUCACAAAAGCAAUUAAGAUUUGUGAUGUAACUCUGGAUACCUGAAAUGUCAUGAUCCUUAUUUCAUUAUCACUUAGGGAGGCUCACAGUCAGAUUGAAAAAAGACGUCGUGAUAAGAUGAACAGUUUUAUCGAUGAAUUGGCCUCUUUAGUGCCAACAUGCAAUGCUAUGUCCAGAAAACUAGAUAAACUUACGGUACUGAGAAUGGCUGUUCAGCACAUGAAGACGUUAAGAGGUAAAUUUUAAAACAACCUGUGUAGUUAGAGAGGUUACUUGUGGAACUUAAAAACCAGGGGAAAUGUUGGUGUGAUGGAGCAGUGAAAGCACUUUGCAGUUAUUAUUUCAGUAUUGCUUACACCAUUGUGGUUAAGUUGAUUAGUAUUAUUUUAGAUGGGAGAAUGAAAGAGCAGCAGUUUACCUGAGGGCACCUUGUGAGAUUUUGACUGAAGUGAGAUUUGAACUAGCUUGCACCAUGUGAUCUACAGAUUUGUUAAAGGUGCUUUCAUACCAGUAAAAGAUACAAAAUAGAUAUUUUAUCAUGCCAACCUUUAUUGGUAAAAGGUUUGUAAGUUUCUGAAUAGAAAGAAAUUGCUGCUGUCUCAUAGUAGCUUUUGGGAGCAGCGUCUACUUGAUUUUUAGUAUUUGAGGCAUCAUUCUAAGCAUUACUAGAAAACAGACUAGGGACACUGAAAAUAGUUGUGCAAAUAGAAUGUAACCCCUUCUGCACCUCGCACAACUGGUUUAUUUACUCAAAGAAUAAUUACUUUUCUUCCCUUUGCCUUUAAGGUGCCACAAACCCAUAUACAGAAGCAAACUACAAACCUGCCUUUUUGUCAGAUGAUGAACUAAAACAUCUUAUUCUUAGGGUAUGUGUUAACUUCAGAUACAUGAAAGCAUGUAUAGUGUGCAAUGAAAGAGAAGAUUCUUGUAAGUGUGGUGGCGUUUUCAUGUAGGGUGGAGUUCUCUUAUACCAGACACUGCAACCAUAAAUUCCUCCAGUGUAGGAGAUGCAUGCUAGGGCUUUCUUCAGCUGGAACGUACUGGAACUCAUUUUCUGCACCUCUCAGGUGGGCACCAUUGUCAUUAUAAGAGAACAAGGGAGGCGUUCAUGGUGAGUUCUGGCACCUGUUUUUCCAGAAAAAACCCCCCUGCUUCAGCCCUUUUUAAACCAAUGGACUUACCAGCAAGUCGCUGUCUGCCUGUUAUGAGCACACUGUGCUAACCCCAAUAUAGAGUUGAGUAAGCUUCCCAGUAACAUGAAACUCUGGAUUAGUAGCCAGUAAACCAAAAAAUUGAUAAUAAAUUACCAGGGACUACAAAAAGUGAUUAUAUAAUUCAUAAUGUUCUACUGUUUUGAGGUUGACUAAUGUGUUUCCUGAGCAGAAAUGCUAAAGGGAGAUGAAGCACCUUGGUUUCUAGAAAAUGGCCUUUGAUUUCGCUGUCUAUUCACCCCACUCCAGUGUUUUCUUCUGGCAACAAUGUAUUCUGUAUUGAAUAGGAAACCUCUGAUUUUGCUUGAAGUGCAUGUGAAGGAUGACACUGACUAUAAUUUCUUGUCAGGUUCAAGGUUUUUUUUAUGGCAACGUGUGAUAUUUAAAACUUAGUGCAAACUGACUUGAUAUUUAUUAAAUUUGGGGUGUCCAUGCUGUUUCAGUGAAUUACAGUAAUAAAGCCCAUCUGCUUACCUGUUGGUAGAAACAUGGUAUCCAGUAGUAUCCUAUACAACAUAAAAAUGCUCCGUUUCAUUGGUUGCCACAAAUCUUCAAAAUCUCAUUUGCGUUCUGCAAAUUUGAUCUGACUGCCCUGCAGGUUUUACCCUCUGGUAAACGAAUGCCGAGUCUCUGCCCUGUCGAAGCAGCUUUGGUGUGCAACUGAUACAAAUAUUCAGGCUUGAGUCUGUAUGCUUCCAUAUGGACAAGCACUCCAGUGAAAUUAAGUAGGAUUUAUAACCCUCUUUUUAAGAUCAGAAGAGAACAUCUCCUAUGAAACUUUAGAGAAAGGCAUCAGUAAAAGGAAUUCAACUCUCUCCCACCCCGGGUGAGAUUCAUCAUGGGCAGAUAAGAGGUAUAAACCAAGCGAUAAAGGGGUGCCAUCUUGUGGUGUAAGACAACCUCUUCCCUCCUCUCCUCUCUAAUGUGGUGAGAAGAUCUAGCAAGAUCUUCAAGCAGUAUUUUCAUUCUUUGUUUUGCAUGCAUAUGACCCCUUUCCAAGUGUCUGGUAAGAUACUCCACAAGAAUAAUGUUCUGGAGUCUGCCUUGCAUUAAUCUAGCCUAUUUCCAGCAAUUCCUUUUCUCCUGGUUUCCUAGAAGCCCCUUUGGAAAGAUUGCUGGCAACAGCCCAAUGAAAGUGAGUCAUUUUUGCCUUCCCUGCUUCUAUGGCCUUUUCCACCCACACACACGAACAGCUCCUGGCAGACUCUUAAGAUCCUGACAAAGGUUUCGUUAGAGCGAGAAGAGGAAGAUUAGAUGACCUCUUACUCUCCACCCCACCCCCCACGUCACCUCCUGCAGUUUUUGGAAAUUUCCCUAAAGAAAUGUUUUUUAAAAAGAAAAGAUCAAGUGCAGUAAGGUGGUUUUUAAAUAAUUGCUUAGGUGUGACUGAAUGUUACCCUUUACAAAUAGACAUUUACCAAUGACAUCCAGCCAUUUUGCCUUGCCAAUUUCUGGCAUUAUUAUUUAAAAAAUAGUGUCGCCACACUCAAGUCUCCACUGAAUUUUUUUGCCGUGUGCUAAUCUAGUUACAUUUAAAUGCAACGUGUUUGGUCACCGAAAUUCAACUGCAUGUUGGGAAUAAUUUUAACAAUGUGCAAAUAACACACUAUAACAAAGUGGCCGUCCUGUGUUUCCCAAUUAGGCUGCAGAUGGUUUUCUCUUCGUUGUGGGCUGUGACAGAGGCAAAAUACUGUUUGUUUCAGAAUCAGUCUUCAAGAUCCUCAACUAUAGUCAGGUAUAUUUUGUCUUUCUUAAGAUGUAGAAAAGAACAGAGCCUUGUAACAUAUUUUGUUCAACUCAGUGGUAGAUGUAGAUGACACUGUGCUUAAGCUAACAAUAUUGUUGUCUGUUUUAUUUUAUGGGUUGAAGUGAAAUAUUUCAGUUUACAAAAACAGUAUUGUUUUCAUUCAUUUAAAAUAUCAGUUAAUUGAAAUGUUACAAAAAUGCUAUUAACAGUUUUUCUUGCAUGUCUGUAAUAAUUUAAUUGGUUGUUAACAUUCUUUAUUGGCAGAAUGAUCUGAUUGGUCAGAGUUUAUUUGACUACCUUCAUCCUAAAGAUAUUGCCAAAGUUAAGGAGCAACUUUCUUCUUCUGAUACUGCACCACGGGAAAGGCUCAUAGAUGCGAAAAGUGAGUGACUGGAAUGUUCAUUGAGCUCCACAGGCUAGUUCACAGGUCCUGAUGAUUUUAAGCUAGUGCAAAAUAAAGUGGAACUAUUACCUUUUGUUACUUGGAAACUGUGGUUCAACUCAGGAAGCAUGAAAUCACACUGGCCCUUUUUACAGCAGUUUCACACUCCUGACUCAUGUUUGGCCUGUAAUCGACUGAAAUUCCAUUAUCCUUUUCAUAUGUAUUGUUGCUAAGCCAAGUAUUUCCAAUCCCAUAAUUGCUUUCCCUGAAUGCAGAACUUUGCUUUUGUCUCCAUUCAUUCUGUUGAGUUAUGUUCAUGGAUACGAACUAUCUAGUUACAGAUCUGUAUAUUUGAAAAUAGAAAUUUAAAGCCAAGCCAGAUUCACCAUUUUGGAUUUGUCUUCUUUCACUCCACUGCAGCUGGACUUCCAGUUAAAACAGAUAUAACGCCUGGACCAUCGCGACUAUGCUCUGGAGCAAGACGUUCGUUCUUUUGUAGGAUGAAAUGCAACAGACCAUCCGUGAAAGUAGAAGAUAAAGACUUUCCUUCCACCUGUUCUAAAAAGAAAGGUACCAGUAGUAUGCCUUGAUGAAUCUAGAAAAAUAAUUUUGGUUCAUUUCUCCCAAUUAAGGUGUUUAUCUGAGAUCAAAUAAGACCCUGCAAAGUUGUAACUAUGUGAAAAAAUAAAGAAGAAACCUGACUCCCACUGGCUUACAGUUUCUGACCUUAUGAAGCAAUUCAUAGGUUUUGCAUAUGGGAUCAGAUUUGCACUGGCUACAUAAAGCAUCAUUUGGAAAAAGAGAUUUAGCUUCCAGUCCUUCCAUGACUUUUGAGUCCACAAAUAGUUGAAAUAAUAACAUUGGAAUAAUGCUAUUGCUAAAAACAGUCAAUUCUCUUAAGAGUUUCUAAUAAUUUUUGCUCUCAAAUAGUAUAUGUUUGGUGACGCAAGUCAAGUUGCUAGUGAGGUCAGAAUAUAGUUUGUAGACAUAACAUUUAAAUUGUUGAUAGCAAACUGCAUUCAGAGCCAAAGAUGACAAAACAUGUAAUUUUCUCUGAUUCGUCCUUCCCCCUGUGUCCCCUGAAACUGUGCUCUAGGGUGUUGGUUGCCCUCCAAAGGCGGAUGGGAAGAGAUACAGGGAGCUUCAGAGAAAAGGGAAAUCAGGGAAAUAUGUCUUCCCUCCCCUGAGAAUUUCAGCAAGAUAGCAGUUCCUUCUAUGAAUUCGGAAGGAGUCCCUGGCUCCAGCCCCAAUGGCAGAGGAAGUUGCUCAGGCGCCUGGGACAGCGCCAAGGGGUGGCAGGAGCCGCACAAAGGGGCAGCGUGAGGGUGGGGCGAACAGCCCAUAGGGGCGGGGCGCACCUCGAGGCCCCCAGAGUCUGCCUGCCUCCUCCCACUCAGCCGCCCUACAGCUGGAGGGAGGCAGCAGGCAGACCGUUUGGGCAGCACGGAGCCUGCACGUGCCCAAGCCACUGCGUCUCUCCCGGGAGAGUUGUGUGGCUCAGGCGCACUGCAGGCCCCACGGUGAGUGCCACCCAGCACUUUGUCACCCCCCUCAGUGGUGACACCCGGGGCGGCCCUCACCCACAGCACCCCCCUUCCUCCACCCCUGCCCAGCCCAUUGGCAUUAAUAUCUUAACCAUUUUACAAAGACAGAAAGGUUGUGCUUCACCUACUACAGAUAGAAAGCCAGUAUCACAACCAUGCCCCGGAAAUUCAACGUAAACUGUCUAAAUUGGAUGUAUUGACGAUUCUAUGGCAAGCUUGUCCACCUGACUUACAAAGUAGCAAAGUUGACAUAUCCAGCAGGAGUCCUUCUCUUCCUUUUCCUGUAUUGAUCAGAUUAUGUUGCCCUUGCUUGGAAAUAAAAUUAUUUGACAAUCUUAAGUGUAACAGCAAUGGAUAUUUUUAAGGAGAAAGAUUGAACCGGCCAAGUUCAUCAUAAUGGACUCAGCCUCGAAAAUCAAUAUCUUUAAAAUAAAACUGCACUUUGGAAGCGCGUAAUCAGAAUGAUCCUAUGUUCUAAACACUUGAAAUGUUGGUAACUCUGGAUACUGAGGGGAUUGCAUAAUUUAAUAAUUAAAUGAGUUGAUCUUUCAAGAAGAUCUAGAUAGACUGCAAACCAGUGAGGAGUUCAUUCACAUGAAACUUAUUUUUAAAAAAAGCUUAGUUUUUUAAAAUGACCAUUUUCUCAACAUAUCUAUAAAUUCUACUGAAGCAGUGUGCAUUACACAUACUGUCAGAAUGGGGUGUGUAGUCUGAUUUUCUUAUUAACAAGGCAGCACAUGUCCUCUUCUGAAGGUCCAUGAUAACAACUAGGUAGGUGUACAAGAGCUGGACUCUGCUGAUGGGAACCUGAUAUUGCUACCUAUGGUGGGCCAUAAAACAGCAGUGGCUUCUUGGAACCCACUGCAUGACCCUUCUGGAGCCCUCCAUGAGGAGCUUUUCCUGCAGACUCUUAAUGGAUCUCUGGUGUAUGGUCAGCUAAAACUACCAGCUGCUGACCAAGAUGAUGAUCCAAAAAUUGCCUGAUACCACUUUGGCGAUGUCUUUGUUCAGCACUGCUGUAGCACCUUCUUGAUCCUCUCCCUGCCCAACCCAGGAGUUCUUGGUUUCUUCAGGGCUUCUUCAGAGACCUGAAGAAACCAAGAACUCCUGGUCCUGGACCAAGCAUAUGCAUGGAAGUCUGCAUACAUACAGCCUGUUGCACAUUGUACAGCUCUUCAGAAGUUGAAUGCUUAAGAUGCCAGAUGUUUCAUGUGCCUGAACCCCAAGCUGCCAUUUUCCCACCAAUGCAGUACUGAUGACAUAAACCUUAUUUUCUUUUGUAGCAGACCGGAAAAGCUUUUGCACUAUCCAUAGCACAGGAUAUUUAAAAAGCUGGCCACCAACAAAAAUGGGACUAGACGAAGACAAUGAGCCUGAUAAUGAAGGCUGUAAUUUAAGCUGUCUCGUUGCAAUUGGACGGUUACAUCCUCAUGUAGUUCCUCAACCAGUAAAUGGAGAGAUCAGGGUUAAACCGACAGAAUAUGUUUCUCGGCAUGCAAUUGAUGGGAAAUUUGUAUUUGUAGACCAGAGGUAAGAACAACAUCUUUAAUUUAUGCUAUCAGGACAAUGGUCUGUUGACUUAAGUUUAUUCUUUUACCUACUAAUGUUUUUAUUCAGAACAGCAAUAAUAUUAGUUAUGAAAAUAAAUAAUUGCAAAGUACUUUUGGAGCAAUUAUGUAUCCACAGUUUGUGACUCUAAAUUACUUCUCGCCCUAAAAGGCAGAAUUCCUGUGGCAUAAAUGUAAUAAUUUGUUGCUCAAGAAUAUUGACACCUAGUUUGAUGAAUAAUAAUUAAACUUUUUGGUUAGAAAAAUGGGAUGCAAUCCACAACCCCCCAUGGUGCUCAUAUUAUCUCCUUUCCUCCUAACAUAGCACAGGAAACAAAGCACAAUCUGACUGAUUUGUUUCUGGACCAAAUUCAGAAUGCUGAUUUUAACCCACAAAGUCUUCAAUGGCCCAGACAUUAAUAAACUAUGAACCUACUUUACCUAUAUCUAGGGCUUGAGGUAAACACUGGAGGCCCUUCUCUGUGUGCCCCCUCCACCAAUAGUCCAAAGGGCCUUUUCAGGGGUGACCCUCUAUUUGUGGAAUGCUCUCAGGAAGGUUCACCAGCCCCAGGCCUUGGCAUCUUUUUGGUGUCAGGAAAGACAUUUCUCCCAGUCAAUUGUAUAUUUAUCCCUUGUUGCGUUUGUUGUUAUUGUUAACUUAUUACCUGCCUUUUAUCCUAAGGCUCCAGAGCAGGUAGCAACCAUUUAAAAUGCAACGUUAAAAACAGUUUUAAAGAAAUUACAAUUAAAAAAUUAAUUUAUCAGUUUCUUGUGGGAAGAAACUGAUAAAUUAAAUGAUGAGACUGGCCAGAGUAGGUGCAAGAGCUCUCAGCCUUAUAAGAUCAUAGUUACCUCCACUGGGUUGUAAAAAUACACCCAUGGCUUCCCCAAAUUAAAUCCUUUGAAUUUACUUUAACUUUAUAAAAGGUGAGGAAUAGAAGGGGUUGCUGAUAAAGAGAAAAUACAUGAAGCUUCCACUUUUGUUGCAUUAUCAUUCAUUUGCACUUGAUUUAUUAAACCAAACUAUGCCUCGGCUUAGUAUUUAGAAGGGAGGCUAAGAAAGGGAUAUAAAAGAAAAAAUGUGAUUCUUUUAUGCAAAGAUGCACAACCUGCCUUUCACUCUUUGUUUGGUGCAAGUGAAGGUUGUUUUGAGGGUGAAGGAACUUUACACAGUCAUAACUGAAUAAUUAGCAUGGCUGUGUGGCAUAUUUGCUGUGCACCCCUUUCCCCCUUCAUUUUUGGCAUGCCAAAAAGAACAUGGCAUGCCACAAAAAUAAAAUCUCGACUACAAUUUCAGCGUUGGUUGAAAGCUUUCUGUAAUGUUACAGCAAAAUGCCACCUUUGUAGCCUUCUACUGAAGUGAGCAACGUCAUUGUGGGCAACAAUCCAUUUCUAUAUUGGAGCUACUGGUCUCACAUGUUUUCAGUUUUGUGCAAGGAGGGAUUAUAUCACUUUGGAUUUCUAAAUAUAUGAAUACAUUGGAGAAUUGCUAUACAUUCGUUCAUUUGGUAGUGUUUCCAUUUUAACCCUUGCCAGUUAAAUAUUAAAUGGUAAAAGCUAAUAACUGGAAAAUGUUCUCCAAUGUUAAUAAGUUACCAUGGGAAGUUAUAUCCCUUAUUGUAGUAUGAAAAUAAACCUUUAGCUUUCUGGACUAUAAUCUAUUCAGCCAGUUGGCAGCUGGAAGAGCUAAUCUGGAUUUAGUGGAAGACAGAAACUUAUUUGGAUCUUUAACCUUGGGGGUGCUCAUCAUGUUUAUUUAUUUCCUUGAGUACUUUCAUAAGUGAGUUUCUCUUUUAUGCCAAUAGCUAAAUUGAAAAUACUUGGCAAAGCCUCCCCAGAGUUAUCUGGAAUACAGAUGCUAAAACAGAUGGUACCUUAAAAACUACUGAUAGAAUAUCAGAAGAAAUAUAUUUGCAUGCAAGAGAUUUCCAUGCCAACCUACUGUCCUGGCAACAGGAAGGAAGAUCCUAUUACUAGCAGCUAAAUCAUAACAUGCAGAUUACAGAGCAGAGGUGGAAAAGAAAAGGUUUCAUGAAUAAUCUCUCACAUAAUAUACAUUUUUGUCACUUCUUAUUUUACAUUUCUUUGUACCUUUGGUCUCACACUCAAUGCACAUUUGCUAUCACCCCUUUUUUAACACUGUACCAAAAGUAUGCACAUACAUGAACUUAAUUUCUUGAUUUGUUAAUAGACUGAGUUUUGACUGUAACCACAAAAUCCAACAUCCAGUUACAGGCAUUUGAAGCCCAUUGAAAUCAGUGGCAUUGUGCUUGUGUACAUCUGUCCAUUUGUGGUCAGCAUAUCUCUUUUGGGACACUGCUUGGAGAUUUUUGAAAUAUUAAGUAGUUUAUUGUUGUUAGCCGCCCUGAGCCCAGCUUCGGCUGGGGAGGGCAGGAUAUAAAUUAUUAUUAUUAUUAUUAUUAUUAUUAUUAUUAUUAUUAUUAUAAAAAUAAAUCCAUUUAAAUAAAUCCAUUAAGUGCAUGCUUUUGCUCCACCCCUCUGCCAUAUUUUCUGAAACCGUGUUCCCACGUUGAGCUGUUAUAUACUGAAUAAUUAGCAUUGGUUGUGACAACAAAAGGGAGAGGAAAGCGCUUCAGUGUGAGGGCCCAUGUUUUUCGCAGUCUUUCUCUCUGACAGUAAAAGUUUCUCCUUGAGGGCAAAGGAGCAGGCCAUGCCAAUCUGUUUCUGGUCUGUUGGCACUCCUUUUUUAUAUAGUAGUUUUCGCCUAAGUAUUAUUUUUUUAAGCUAAACAACCUUUUAUAUUUUAGGGCAACUGCAAUUCUGGCAUAUUUACCACAGGAACUUCUAGGUACUUCGUGUUAUGAAUAUUUUCAUCAAGAUGAUAUAGGGCAUCUUGCAGAAUGUCAUCGACAAGGUAAAAUAAGCAAAAUAAAAAAUAAAAAUGCAAGGGGGUGGUAGUUAAUUCCAAACUUUUUAAAUUUCUGACUUUAUUUCUGUUUUUUAUUAAGAAAGAGUGGUUAGGAAACACAACCUGGAUAAAUUGAAUAAUGGGAAAAUUUUAAGUUGAUGUUGUAAUUAUAAUAGUGCAUAUGCAGGAAAUUUGCCACAGUGGGAAGGAGCACACAAUGGAAAGUGAUGAACACACAAGACUAUCUAGGGAGUGUGCAUUUAUAUUAACUUUUGUCCCAUUUCCCCCUUCUUUCAGUUUUACAGUCGAGAGAGAAAAUUAAUACUAAUUGUUACAAGUUUAAAGUCAAAGACGGAUCUUUUAUUACACUGAGGAGUUGUUGGUUCAGUUUCAUGAACCCGUGGACCAAAGAAGUAGAAUAUAUUGUCUCAACUAACACAGUGGUAUCGUAAGUAUUUUUCCUCAGCUGAUAAGCUGGGCACUUAAUCCUCCUUUCUAUGUCUCAAAGGAGUUAUAAGCAGACGUAGAAAAUCAGCACAUUGUUAUCUGCUUGGUAACAAAGCAUACACAGACAUUCCCAUUGACUUCACAGUUUUGUUAGGUCCAGUGUAUCAAGUGGCCUGCAAAACUGGACCCUACAUGCUGCCUGGUUUGGGGCAUCAACAUAUUGACAAGACAGUACAUAGGUCCAUACCACUUCAUUGAGCCACUUGAUCUGCUUUUCAAUGUCAAGAAAUAUUUAAUGAAAUAAUGACAGAACUGGAAACAGCCAAAUAGUCCUGAUGUUCAAAUAUAGCAGAAUGCUCCAAUUUAGACUACCGUAUUUUUCGCUGUAUAAGACGCACCAGACCACAAGACGCACCUAGCUUUUGGAGGAGGAAAACAAGAAAAAAAAUAUUCUGAAUCUCAGAAGCCAGAACAGCAAGCGGGAUCGCUGCACAGUGAAAGCAGCAAUCCCUCUUACUGUUCUGGCUUCUGGGAUAGCUGCGCAGCCUGCAUUUGAUCCAUAAGACGCACACACAUUUCCCCUUACUUUUUAGGAGGGAAAAAGUGAGUCUUAUAGAGCAAAAAAUACGGUAAUUGUUUUCCUAUCUGAAAGUUGCCGGAAGGACAAGAAAAUAUUUAACCUUCUGCAAAAUAAGGGUCUUCACCUUGUUGAUUGCCUUGGGUCAUGGAAGGCAACUAUUUCUGUUGCUAUGCUCCAUUGAAAUGUAGGUUCUGGCCUAUAAUUUAGGGGUAUCAUUUCAGAAUUUCUUCAAGGGACAAAAAAUGAAUAGGAAAAACAGAAGCAAGAAUGGGAAGCGGCAAAGCUUGGUGGCGAAGCAUCUGUCUUACAGAAGGGCCCUGGUUUGAUCCUUGGCAUCUCCAAGUAGGGGUGGGAGAGACUUCGGCCUGAAACUCUGGAGAGAUGCUGCCAGUCUGUGUAGACAUGACCAAACUAGAUGGUUUGAUUCCACAUAAUGCAGCUUCCUAUGUUCCCUAAUGCUCCAAGCAUGUAAACGGCCUUUCCACCUUCCUUGAUUCUGCUGUAAUAUGUAGUGGAUCUCACCCCUGCUGCUGCUGAGAUCUGGAAAUCCCAGUUCUACUUUACGUAUUGCAAACAGAAAGACAGAAAUGUGAUAUUUACAUUUUUGUCUUUUGUGCAACAUAUGAUCUGUUUCUUGAUGAUCAGUUUGUAAUGCAAAGCUUGUAAUUUCUUCUGUGUGUCUUUCGCUUUGUGGCUAUGAUCUGAAAAGAGAAAACACGGUGACUGGCUGCAUUCAAGCCAAGGGUCUCAUUUGUCUUUCUGUUUCUUUUGAAACCUCCCUCCCUGCAGUGCCAAUGUACUUGAUGGGGGAGACGCGACUUUCCCACAGCUUUCAGCUUCACCGCACAGCAUGGACAGUGUGCUCCAGGCUGGAGAAGGUAACUAGAGCACCGAACAAAGCCAUUCAUAGCCGCCUUUUAGCCCCUUUAGCCAGUUUGGUGUUCCACCAUCAAAGCUAAGUCAGCCAGUCAAGCCCAUGUUCUAAGUGGCUCUUUUUGAAGCCAAGAAGCUCACUAAAUUUCACGAGCCUCAAGUGCCAAAUAUCAGAGUCCAAAUGAGCCCCUUAGCCAAAGAACACACGUGAAGUUAGUGUAACAUAGGAGUUAAGUUUUACUUCAUUACUGAGUGAAGAUUUGAAGCUGGAUCUUCCUAGUCUUACUCUAACAAACUCUAACUUGGCUCACUUUAGCUGUUAAUAACAUAUCCCUUGUUGGUCAAAAUAUGUAGGUGUCCUGUCUGUCAUUUGAACAAGUAGCCCAAGGAAGGAAAGCACAGACAAUUUCACAGAUGUUGCUCCUCUUGGUUGUGGCAGCAGCUAGUUUGACCUUUGGGGGGGGGGCAUCUCAUAACAUCAAAGCAUAGCUAACUAGGAUCUGCAUCACGAUUCUAAAAUCUGUGAGCAUUAUUUUUUGUGUAUGACAUUGGGGUCUAUCUUAAUGCUCAAGCAAACACACAUAGCACUUAAUGUAAUGUCAGAAGGAGGCCUCCAAGCUUCUACUGCAACGAUUGGAAUCAUUGGGCUAUAUCCAACAAACUCUUCUCAACGGUGCAAGGAUUUACACAACAGGAUCUCACCUCUUUAAUAAUAAUAAUAAUAAUAAUAAUAAUAAUAAUUUUAUUUAUUUAUACAUACAUACAUACAUACAUACAUACAUACCCUGCCCAUCUGGCUAGGUUUCCCCAGCCACUCUGGUCGGCUCCCAACAGAAUAUUAAAAACAUGAUAAUACAUCAAAGAUUAAAAACUUCCUGAAGAAGGGCUGCCUUCAGAUGUCAUCUAAAACUCGGAUAGUUGCUUAUUUCCUUGACAUCUGAAGGGAGAGCAUUCCACAGGGUGGGCACCACUACCGAGAAGGCCCUCUGCCUGGUUCCCUGUAACCCCACUUCUCGCAGUGAGGGAACCGCCAGAAGGCCCUCAGAGCUGGACCUCAGUUGGGGGACCCCAGAACAGAUUUAAAGGAUGCACAAAGGAAUUGGGGUGGGGAGUCCUGUUGUGCAAGCAGAAAUCCUUGCACUGCCAGGACCCUAACUUGGUGCUACAUUGGAUACAACCCAAUGACUACUGAAGUAAAGUAUUUAACAUUGGAAAUGGAGGAGAGAGUGCUGGACAAGGGACAUUUUCUGCCUUCCGCUAAAAUUUUCAUGUGUGUUAAAAUUUUCAUGUGUGUUAAAAUUUUCAUGUGUGUUUAUGUUACCUCCUCCCCCCUUUAUAAAGGUGGUCCUAAAAGGUCCCUUCCAACAGUUCCUGGUAUUCCAGGUGGAACAAGAGCAGGAGCCGGAAAAAUUGGCAGAAUGAUUGCUGAAGAAAUUAUGGAGAUUCACAGGUGAGGAAAGCUCCAGUGCUGUUCUUCCAUCUCUCAAGCUCUAUUUCUCGAAAAAAAAGGUGACCAGCUGCUUCCUUUCCAUAAAUAGCAAGUAUCCCUGUUUAGUUGCUUUCAGGUUACAAGAAAUCAAUAGCUGCCGUAGUGUUACUAUUGGUUGUUACAGGAGCAGGAGGCAAACCUGACAAGCCCAGAACAAAUAUGCAUUCACUUUUAUCACCAAGUGUGUUCUCUCUUGAUGCAUUUACAGUAAUCUGUGUAAGUGGUGUAGCUGUUUUUGUAGAAAUGUGGAGAGAAAAAUGUGUGGCAAUAUAUUGGGUUAUGUUGAGAGCAAUGAGCCAAAAUGGUCAAAACCUCUGCCUCAAAAUUAUGUUGAUCACUGAUAGGGGAGAGGGAGAAAAGAACCAUAAGUGGUAUAGUCAGGGCUUUUUUUCAGCUGGAAUUUGCCAGAACUCAGUUCUGGCACCUCUCAGGAGGGCACCAUUGCCAUUCUAAGAGAAUGAGGGAGGUGUUCAUGGUGAGUUCUGGCACCUUUUUUUCUAGAAAAAUAUCGCUGGUUAUAGUCAGUGGGAAAUUCCUCAUGUUAUGUUUUCUACUUCCAAUAAUGUACACAAUUGAGAACACCAAGGCAUUGUAAGCCAGAACAGGUUAACACAUCUGGCAGGUUAAAAUUCAAAAUGCUAAGUCCUAACCAGAGCAUCAUCUCUCUCACACUUGAUAAUGAGAGAGAUAGGAUCUCCUUGGGUACAAUGUUCCAAGGUGGGUAGGGGACAGGUUGCCAUGAAUAUGAUAAUUUGGUCAAACAUUAAUUGCAUUGUUUAGCAUAACCUUUCCAAUCUGACUCCUUUUGUUUUGACAGGAUAAGAGGCUCUUCGCCUUCAAGCUGUGGCUCUAGUCCAUUAAACAUGACCAGCACACCUCCCCCUGACACGUCUUCGCCAGGAGGCAAAAAGGUGAGAUGGGGUCUUUAAAAUUGCUAGGCUUCUCUCAGCAGUCUCACACAUUUGUUCUGCACAUGCGCAGACAUCCUGUGAGAACUUCCUGUUGCUAGAUUAGUAUUCUGUAGGGCUGAAUUCUCAGCAGCUCAAUUCAGGGGAAGAGUAAGGUUCAUUCUGAAUAUUUUUGGAACACGUACAGCCAACAAAGUUACUUUUAAAAUUGCCCAAAAGUUAUCUCCCUACAGCAAAUGCGCAAGUUUUCAAUUUUCAAUGUGAUUUGCCGUCUUGGCCCUUACCCCGAUGCGCUGCUGCUUUUAUGCACCAAUUCAGCACUAGCACAGCUCCAUCUCAUGGUCUAGAGAGAUAGAUCUAGAUGCUAUCAACAUAUUGAUGCCUCUGGGCUCCAAACCACCUGAUGACCACAUCCAAUGGCAGUGGCACUGGGGACAAGCUUCUUCUUCUUCUUCUUCUUCUUCUUCUUCUUCUUCUUCUUCUUCACAUGAGCCUCCUGAUUUGCACACCCCAACCCUUCUUCCCUGUGAAGCAGAUUUUGAUAAUGCUGCACUCAGAUCCACCUAACACAGCAAACCUUUCAAACAUUCUUACUGAUGCGAUGACUCCUUUUUGAAAUGUGCUUCUGCCAUCUCCUGGUGAACAUUUAGUACUGGCAUGAUCUUCCCGGAUGGGUUUUGUUUAGGUUUUAGGUUCCCUCCUCUCCUCCCUUGCACUCAUUUCAAAAGAGCAGAGUAGGUGCUGAAAGUUUCCUAAGCGACAUUUCAAUUGAACUUUGUUUGUAUAUGAAAUGGUAGUAAAACAUGCCAGUAAUAGUUACAACUAAGCUCCCACAACAAAAAUUCUGUGGGUGCCCAGGCCCCUAGGGCCCCCUGGAGAUGGCACCAGUGCCUGCAUAAGAGUGCAAGAGAACAAAACUUAUUUAGACAGGGACUGAGUCUUUUUUUAAGUUUGCAACCCCCAAAUAGGUAUGUGACUGCAAACCAGGUGACAAAGCACAUUAGGAAGCUGUCUUUCUACCAAGUUAGACCAAUGGCUCACCUAGCUCAGUAUUCCCUACACCAGAGCUUUCCAAACUGUGUCGUGACACGAGUGUGUCGGCUGCAGUGUGUAGGUGUGUUGUGCGAAUGCUCCCCGCACUCCUCCAGGGGCUGGAAAGGGGUUAGUUUAACCUCCAGUUUGCUAGUGAAACUGAAUUACUGUGUCGCAAAAUGAUGCCUAUCUAAAAAGUGUGUCACCAUCAUGACAAGUUUGGAAAGAUCUGCCCUACACUGACCGGCAGUGACUAUCUCCAAGUCCUGCCUGGAGAUGCCAAGAAUUGAACCUGGGGCCUUUGGAAUGCAAGGCAGGGACUUACCAGGUCAUUUUACUGCCAGAAAUAAAAAUUUAAUUGCUUGUAACUCCAUGCUUUUUAAUUAUAGUGCUAUAAAAAAAAUUGGCUAUUCAGAGAUUUUGUAUUGAUCUAUUAUUGGUUCACUUGCAGCACAUUUAAAUCAUUCCGAUGACAGUAUAGCUUGACUAGCAGAGCUAUUAACAUAAGCACUAAAAUAAGCUUUCAUCACAUGUUGACUCACCUUUCAUUUCCGCAGCCUAGCAGGUUUCAGUGGGAAGAAAAACCCCAUGUGAUGACUUGUUACAUUGUGAAUGGGUUGUUGCUAGGCCCAAAGGGAAAUUCUUGCUGAGUCAUAAUGUAAAUUUGAAGUUAAUAAUAUCCUCCGAAAGUUGACGAAUGGUUCCCUCUGCUUCAAAUUCAGGUGUUAAAGCCGCAAAGUUCCUAAGAUUCACCAUAGUGUGAUACCAUAACGUGUAGAAAUCAGGAGAAAUUAUGAAAAGGUGUACAAUUUUUUUUGUAUUGGUUUUUUUAAAAUUUGGCCUGUUUAUUGUUAACUUGCUUAACUUUCAUUUGUAUUUUGUAAGUCACUCUGUCCUGAGCCAGGUGAACGGCAGCUUAAUGGUUGAAUAAAUAAGUAAUGUCAGAACUUAAGCUCUGUAAAUGUUAACAGUGUGUAACAGGAUCAUGUGUGCAAAAUAUGCUACGAUCAGAGCGCUCAGAUCAUGCUAGAGACUAAAGUCUAUUAUGUUUUAUCUAUUUCUCUUUAGAUUUUGAAUGGUGGAACUCCAGACAUUCCUCCUGCCAGUUUACUAUCUAGCCAGAUCCAAGACAAUCCAGGCUACCCGUAUUCUGACAAUUCUUCCAUUCUUGGUAAGUAUAUAAGCAUGUAAGACAAGCUAAGACAAAUAAAAGAAGGAAUGGAGAAUUGAACUACUUACUCCCAGUCACUAUGUAGUAAAAAUCCUUAGGGUUAGGGUCCUAUCCCUCUAACUUAAAAAUAUUGGUGAAUUAAAUCUUGAGGGCAAACUUCUCUUGAUGGAAUCCAGGGAAAGCUUCAGGGUCAGCAGCCUGGUAUCACUGACACAAGAAACACUCUCUCCAGAGGAGUCCCUCCCAACAAGUAGUAUUUAACCCUCUGCUUCUUCUCUUAUAAAGAUAAGGUAUUCUACAACUUUUGUAGAGCACCGAUUCAUUUGCAUGUUUAUCUGCAUCAGAUUAUUUUUUUGUAAGAAAACUAGGAAUAUUUAAUCUUUAAAACUUGAAUUAUUAAAUUUCUUAGAACAAAGUAUACAGAACAAAGGGAAAAGUAAUGCCUCUUUGUAGUUUGGCAUUGUUUUAUCUCAGCUGUUUUUAUUUAUCAAAUUUAUAUACCACCCUAUAACUGGGGGUCUCAGGGCGGUUCACAGAAUAAAAUCAACAUAUAAAACCACAAAAUACCUAAUAAAAACAGCAACGCAAUAACCCCCUCCCCAACAACAAAAAACACAUUUUAAAAGGGUAUAGGAUGUAAUGGAUCAGCCAAAGGUCUGGUUAAAGAGGCAAUGUUUUUGCCUGGCAUCUAAAGGUGUAUAAUGAAGGCACCAGGCAAACCUCCCUGGGGAGAACAUUCCACAGAUGGGAAGCCACUGCAGAAAAGACCCGUUCUUGUGUUGCCCCUCUCUGGACCUCUUGAGGAGGGGGCACACGAAGGAGGGUCUCAGGAGAUGAUCUCAGGGUCUUAAGUAUACUGUUUGGACAGAGCUCAUCAUACUAUAGCUUUCACUUUUUUCACUUUAUUUCCAGGGGAAAACUCGCAUAUAGGGAUUGACAUGAUAGACAACGACCAGGGAUCCAGCAGCCCCAGCAAUGAUGAAGCAGCAAUGGCUGUAAUCAUGAGCCUUCUGGAAGCUGACGCGGGUCUAGGGGGCCCUGUUGAUUUUAGUGACUUACCAUGGCCCUUGUAAAUGCUACCCAAUAGCUUUGAAAUAUGGAUAUAUCAAAGUGCAUUAUUGGUGGAGUUCUCCAAUCUGUGAAGCUUGUUGAAUUGCUUUGAUGUUUUAAUUUCAUAAAAAGCCAUAUCAAGAGAACAGUCAUCCUUCUCCCAUGUGUAAUUUCAGACCACCAAGUGGAGAUCAACCUGCUACAGUGUUCCUCCUACGUCUUUGAUUUGGUUAGCUGUGUAUAGCUUGCGUUAACUGUAUAUUUUGGAUUCUGUUUUUGUGUUGACAUUUUUUUUAAAAAAAGGAAAAGAUCACUGUGCGAACUAAGCACUGGCAUCACUGGUAGCUUUUAUAUGCAAAUGGUCAUUUCAGCUGUAUGGUGUGUUUUUACACUACAAAAAUGGUCCCCCAUGUGGAUAAUGGAUAUUUCUUAUACUAAUGUAUCAAAACUGUUUCUUGUAAGAUCCUUUACUAUAAAUAUUGUUGAAGUGUAAUGUAUUAGACAGUUAAAUAUUUUUAAAAUAAAAUGUUUUCCCUUGUUCUAAGUUACAUUUACUUCGAUUGAAAAAGCACUUCUGGUUGAAGUGCAGAAUGACGACGGCGAAAGGAACAACAAAUGCAUUUCCGAAGCAAGUGAUGGACUUACCUGAACAAGUAUGCUUAUGGGAAUCCGUUGAAUUGCCUGGCAUCAAUGGGGGUCUGCAAUUUUUCAAAUCACACACAACCAGGACUUCCUACGAUGUAUUUCUUCAGUCAAACGCCUACAAGUUUCAGCCUAGCUUCUGAAGCAUGGAAAAAGAUGUGGCGCAUAGGAGAUACUCUGGUGAUAAAAGCAGGCGGUUAAGGUUUGACUGAAGAAAUACAGGCUUAUGAGAUGAAGUUUUGCCUAAAAGCGACAUGCAAAAACCUUCAUACAGGGGAGGAAAUACAGUGUUAGGUGCUGCUAACCACCAGGUCACUGCACUUGCCUUGUUGGCUUCUACUUAUUCUUGACUCUUGAGCAGUUUCAUCUCAUGAUCAUAAUCUAGAUGUUCUCCUGCACUUUACUGCAACGCCUUCCAAUACAAAGAUGCACAUCCCAUCCAGUCUACCCUCAUUACAGACAAUAACUUCCACAUACCAUUUGUUGUACUGGUCUUUUUUGAUUUUACAGAGCUGCAUAUAUAAUCUUAUACUUUUAGAAAUAUAGGAAGUUGCCUUACAACAGCGUCUUUGUGUCCUCAUAUACUAUGACUGCAACUGAGACCUAGGAUAUAGGUCCUUUCCAUACCAUUAAAUGAUUUCCCCUAAAAAAGACCAGUCUUUUGUCAGAUGUGGAUUGUCAGGGCAUUUUAUUUUUAAAAAGAGAGGGGGAAAGGGCAUUGAUUUUGGCACUAAAUUCUGUUACGUAGUUUUACAAAAAUACGUAAUAAAUUACUGUCACAGCUAAUAUUAAAAUAAUGGAAAUUUUUAUUUGAAUGAAAAACUCGUUUACAAUCAGUUAAUAAAUGAAGAGUG